AUGCAAACGCUCCGGGAGGAAAAGGGUAAAUGAUCCAUAUAUUGCAAUUAAUUGUAUAGGUGACCUGUUGCAGUCUGCAUUGCUGCAACAAUUUCAAGCAAGCUAACUACCUGGCUAGCUAUUUAGCCAACCACCAUCUUUGCCUGUAGUCUCGCGGAAAGGGCUAUAUAAAAGAUGGUUUGUUUAGUGGCUACACGGACCUUUCUGACGUGCAAACCUAUAUUUAAAUUCAUAAUUAGUAAAACAUUUGGUUAAUGGUUAAGUUAAGGGUCAUUUUUCGAUUUUGGCUUGUCUGUUUGCACGUCAGAAAUGUCCGUAAUGUAUAGCCCUUCCCCCACUCCCUCAACCUGAGGCUGAAGCUGGGUCCAGGGGCAUAUUCAUUACGCCAAUUCUGUUGAAAAACGUUUCUUAAACAGACGCAAACUGGACGAAAUGUGAGGGACCUCCCUGAAUUUGUCCAAUAGAAACUCUCGUUUUAGUAGCAAAUAGUUUCGUUCUGCAACUGUUUGGACUAAUGAUCACACCCCUGGCUUGAGCCUGGGGAGGAGGUUAAACCACAGCCAUUUUGUAAAAUAUCCAUAGCAUAGUAUUUUUUUUUAGUGUAAUGUGUGUAGAGCCUAGUGUAAUGUGUGUAGUUAUAUAGCAGGGGUGCUCAAACUUUUGGGUUUGGUGGGCCAAAAUAUAAUCUGAGUGGUGGGCCCAAUAAAUAAACAUUAUUGAUUUAGAAAAUAAUAAUAGGUAAACAAUAGCUUUUUUGAAAACAAUUGUAAAAUUACACUUCAAACAAUCAAAUUGCAGCCAUAUAACUUGACACCUAACAACACAUUCUGAUUACCAGUAUUAAAGAUGUAUUAAACAUUUUACCAAAUUAUCAUAGAAACUGCAACCAAGUUUCUAUGUUCAUAAGGCUAACUUGAAUAUGUGCAGGGGGCCCUAAGUGAGAUUUGGUUGCCAUUUUCUGCCAAAUGUGUUACACUAAUGUAUUUUCUGUAGCUCAGUUGGUAGAGCAUGGCGCUUGCAACGCCAGGGUUGUGGGUUCAUUUCCCAUGGGGGACCAGUAUGAGAAAAAAAAAUGUAGCUCUGGAUAAGAGCGUCUGUUAAAUGACUAAAAUGCAAAUGUAAAUAUUUACACGCCCCUGAUCACUCUAUUGAAGCAAAAAAAACACGGUUGACUUUCAAUAUAAAAAACACAGGUGAAAUGGAUUAAAACGCAGAUUUUCUGAUGGUCUGCAUUUUGAAAAUGCUGAUUUCUGAACUCUAAUGUGACCCCUGCAAGGAUUGUCCUGAAUCUAAAAAAUGCAUGAAUUGCCUUGCUUUUCUGGUUGGCUGGAUGCAAGUUUCACCAUCCAAUUCUUUCAGAUUUACAGGAGUGCAAAUUUCACCAUGGCACGGGCGAUACAUUGGCACAUGAGAAUUAUUAGAAUAUGGCAAAUAUUAUUACAUUUUUGCAUUUUAUCCAUGCUGUCUUUCACGUGCUACCUGAGACAUGAAACAGAUAGUGCCUUCAGAAAGUAUUCAUACCCCUUAUUCCACAUUUUGUUGUUGCAGCCUGAAUUCAAAAUGUAUUAAGUCGUUUUUUUCUCACACAUCUACACACUACCCUGUAAUGACAAAGUGAAAACAUGUUUUUAGAAAUUGUUACAAAUUUAUGGAAAAGAAAUACAGAUAUAUCUAAUUUACAUAAGUAUUCACACCCCUUUGCUAUGACACUCCAAAUUGAGCUCAAGUGCAUCCAAUUUCCUUGAUAAUCCUUGAGAUGUCACUACUAGGGUUAAAUGGCGGGAUCCCGGUUACUGAGAUUUACUGCCCAAAACCACUCCCUUUUCCCGGGAGAAAUAACUGAGAGAAACUGGUAAAUUAUAAUAAAUUAUAUAUAUGAACAUCAUGACGUGAAAUGGAACAGUUAAAUCAUAUGCAAUGUCUAAAUCUGGCAUGCUGAAUCAUCAACGCAAGGGGUGGGGACAGACAUCCCAUCUCAGUAUGGCGUGCAGUUCACAAUGCAUGUAGACCUAUUAUCUCAUGGUAACUUUUUUUCGUGUGACAGGUAGGCCUACAUUUACAUAGCCUAUGCUACAGCAAUAUAAAGACAGAAUGCGCGUCUAGUUUACACAUCUCCAUCUGGCUUUUGGGGGUCACCAUAUUUUUUAAUUGUAAAUCUUUUAUUUAUUUCUUUAUUGCAGCUGCAGAGUUUUAAAACAGCCUAUCACUCGAAUAUCGUUGGUUUAAAUCAGUGCAUGCACAAGCACACUCUCGCAGUCUUUCUCUCCAUCAAUUCCAUUCAAAUUGCAUCCAAAAUAGAUCAUCCUGUUCAGGCCUAUAUAUAGAUGUCCUAGCCUACCUCUUUCAUGUAAUACAUUCAAUGCAGUAUUAGCCUUAUAUUUGAAUGAUGAAUGAUGGGUGAUGCAUAAUAAGAUUCUAAUUUAUAGCCUCUGUCUAUUGCGCAAUACACACACACCUGUGCUCCACUGGCCUCUCUCUUUAAAAAACGCUCCUUAGCUCUUGGAGUCCCAUGCAGGAAAAGCUAGACUAGAACAGCUUGCUGGACAUAAUUUUUUUAGCAUUUCUUAUACCAAUCGACUAUUCGAAGAGGGACGCAAGCUCAUGUUUGCUGAAUGUUAAAUACAGCAGCCAAUAUAACUUUACAGGUAGUUUUGAAAGAAGAGCGAACACGUGAUGGCGGUAGGUUAUUCAGUUAUUUAUUCAGAACCAUAACCAUUCAAUCUUCAUGAAGAGAAGUGAAAGCCUUCUGCAUCUAAUUCUAGUCCUAUAUUAUUCAAGUAUGUCAUUAGAAUGAUGGAUAUAAGGACAACAAAACAGUUGAACGCGAGGAAGGAAUGAAGCAACACUAGAGAGAGAAAGAGAAGGUAGGCUAAUUAGAUUAGGGGAAAUAUUCUGAAAGGUAUAUAUGCAUCAGCCUACAAAUCAUACAAAUAUUUCUCAAAAUUAAAAUACUAUUCGCUCGCCUAUACUUUGAACUUUAUAGGCUGCAUGUGCUUCACCAGAAUCGCAUGUUAAUAAUAAUGUUCUCUUCUGCUUUAUCAUGGUUUGAACGAGGUGCGUAAUUCCUGUCCAUAUAAUACAGUGUAAUACAAUACUGUACAGUAAUACAGUUCACACUCAAAAAUAUUAGCCUACUGGAGCUUGUUUAAUUUAUUUAUCCAAGAGAGCGUAUAGCUAGCUAUAUCUAUUGGCUUUAAUGUUCUUCUGUCGUGCGUAAUGUGCAGUAGCCUACAGUUGAAGUUGGACGUUUACAUACAGUGGGGAAAAAAAGUAUUUAGUCAGCCACCAAUUGUGCAAGUUCUCCCACUUAAAAAGAUGAGAGAGGCCUGUAAUUUUCAUCAUAGGUACACGUCAACUAUGACAGACAAAAUGAGAGAAAAAAAAAGAAUUUAUUUGCAAAUUAUGGUGGAAAAUAAGUAUUUGGUCAAUAACAAAAGUUUCUCAAUACUUUGUUAUAUACCCUUUGUUGGCAAUGACACAGGUCAAACGUUUUCUGUAAGUCUUCACAAGGUUUUCACACACUGUUGCUGCUAUUUUGGCCCAUUCCUCCAUGCAGAUCUCCUCUAGAGCAGUGAUGUUUUGGGGCUGUCGCUGGGCAACACAGACUUUCAACUCCCUCCAAAGAUUUUCUAUGGGGUUGAGAUCUGGAGACUGGCUAGGCCACUCCAGGACCUUGAAAUGCUUCUUACGAAGCCACUCCUUCGUUGCCCGGGCGGUGUGUUUGGGAUCAUUGUCAUGCUGAAAGACCCAGCCACGUUUCAUCUUCAAUGCCCUUGCUGAUGGAAGGAGGUUUUCACUCAAAAUCUCACGAUACAUGGCCCCAUUCAUUCUUUCCUUUACACGGAUCAGUCGUCCUGGUCCCUUUGCAGAAAAACAGCCCCAAAGCAUGAUGUUUCCACCCCCAUGCUUCACAGUAGGUAUGGUGUUCUUUGGAUGCAACUCAGCAUUCUUUGUCCUCCAAACACGAUGAGUUGAGUUUUUACCAAAAAGUUCUAUUUUGGUUUCAUCUGACCAUAUGACAUUCUCCCAAUCCUCUUCUGGAUCAUCCAAAUGCAGUCUAGUAAACUUCAGACGGGCCUGGACAUGUACUGGCUUAAGCAGGGGGACACGUCUUGCACUGCAGGAUUUGAGUCCCUGGCAGCGUAGUGUGUUACUGAUGGUAGACUUUGUUACUUUGGUCCCAGCUCUCUGCAGGUCAUUCACUAGGUCCCCCCGUGUGGUUCUGGGAUUUUUGCUCACCGUUCUUGUGAUCAUUUUGACCCCACUGGGUGAGAUCUUGCGUGGAGCCCCAGAUCGAGGGAGAUUAUCAGUGGUCUUGUAUGUCUUCCAUUUCCUAAUAAUUGCUCCCACAGUUGAUUUCUUCAAACCAAGCUGCUUACCUAUUGCAGAUUCAGUCUUCCCAGCCUGGUGCAGGUCUGCAAUUUUGUUUCUGGUGUCCUUUGACAGCUCUUUGGUCUUGGCCAUAGUGGAGUUUGGAGUGUGACUGUUUGAGGUUGUGGACAGGUGUCUUUUGUACUGAUAACAAGUUCAAACAGGUGCCAUUAAUACAGGUAACCAGUGGAGGACAGAGGAGCCUCUUAAAGAAGAAGUUACAGGUCUGUGAGAGCCAGAAAUCUUGCUUGUUUGUAGGUGACCAAAUACUUAUUUUCCACCAUAAUUUGCAAAUAAAUUCAUAAAAAAUCCUACAAUGUGAAUUUCUGGAUUUCUUUUUCUCAAUUUGUCUGUCAUAGUUGACUUGUACCUAUGAUGAAAAUUACAGGCCUCUCUCAUCUUUUUAAGUGGGAGAACUUGCACAAUUGGUGGCUGACUAAAUACUUUUUUCCCCCACUGUACACCUUAGCCAAAUACAUUUAAACUCAGUUUUUCACAAUUCCUGACAUUUAAUCCUAGUAAAAAUUCGCUGUCUUAGGUCAGUUAGGAUCACACACUUUAUUUUAAGAAUGUGAAAUGUCAGAAUAAUAGUAGAGAGAAUGAUUUAUUUCAGCUUUUAUUUAUUUAAUCACAUUCCCAGUGGGUCAGAAGUUUACAUACACUCAAUUAGUAUUUGGUAGCAUUGCCUAUAAAUUGUUUAACUUUGGUCAAACGGUUCGGGUAGCCUUCCACAAGCUUCCCACAAUAAGUUGGGUGAAUUUUGGCCUAUUCCUCCUGACAGUGCUGGUGUAUCUGAGUCAGGUUUGUAGGCCUCCUUGCUCGCACAUGCUUUUUCAGUUCUGCCCACAAAUGUUCUAUAGGAUUGAGGUCAGGGCUUUGUGAUGGCCACUCCAAUACCUUGACUUUGUUGUCCUUAAGCCAUUUUGCCACAACUUUGGAAGUAUGCUUGGAGUCAUUGUCCAUUUGGAAGACCCAUUUGCGACCAAGCUUUAACUUCCUGACUGAUGUCUUGAGAUGUUGCUUCAAUAUAUCCACAUAACUUUCCUUCCUCAUGAUGCAAUCUAUUUUGUGAAGUGCACCAGUCCCUCUUGCAGCAAAGCACCCCCACAGCAUGAUGCUGCCACCCCCAUGCUUGACGGUUGGGAUGGUGUUCUUUGGCUUGCAAGCCACCCCCUUUUUCCUCUAAACAUAAUGAUGGUCAUUAUGGCCAAACAGUUCUAUUUUUGUUUCAUAAGACCAGAGGACAUUUAUCCAAAAAGUACGGUCUUUGUACCUAUUUGUUGUUGCAAACUGAAGGCUUUUUUGGAGCAGUGGCUUCUUCCUUGCUGAGCGGCCUUUCAGGUUAUGUCGAUAUAGGACUCGUUUUACUGUGCAUAUAGAUACUUUUGUACCUGUUUCCUCCAGCAUCUUCACAAGGUCCUUUGCUGUUGUUCUGGGAUUGAUUUGCACUAAAGUACGUUCAUCUCUAGGAGACAAUGCGUCUCCUUCCUGAGCGGUAUGAUGGCUGCGUGGUCCCAUGGUGUUUAUACUUGCGUACUAUUGUAUGUGCAGAGGAACGUGGUACCUUCAGGCGUUUGGAAAUUGCUCCCAAGGAUGAACCAGACUUGUGGAGGUCUACAAUUCUGAGGUCUUGGCUGAUUGCUUUUGAUUUUCCCAUGAUGUCAAGCAAAGAGGCACUGAGUUUGAAGGUAGGCCUUGAAAUACAUCCACAAGUACACCUCCAAUUGACUCAAAUGAUGUCAAUUAGCCUAUUAGAAGCUUCUAAAGCCAUGACAUCAUUUUCUGGAAUUUCCCAAGCUGUUUAAAGGCACAGUGUAUGUGAACUUCUGACCCACUGGAAUACAGUGAAUUAUAAGUGAAAUAAUCUGCCUGUAAACAAUUGUUGGAAAAAUUACUUGUCAUGCACAAAGUAGAUGUCCUAACCAACUUACCAAAACUAUAGUUUGUUAAUAAGACAUUUGUGGAGUUGUUGAAAAACGAGUUUUAAUGACUCCAACCAAGUGUAUGUAAACUUCCGUAUAUCAUUUAUUUAUUGGCUAACCGCACAAUCUUUGGGCUUUAAUGUACGACUCAUAAAAUGUAUUUAAUGUAUGGCUCAUCAGGUUCAGGUAGCAUCAGGCUUGAAUUUUCAAUUAAAGCUCUAAUCAAAUCCAGACAUAGGCCUAUUUAUAUGCUUUAUAAUGCUUUUGAAUGACACGUCCGGUUUUGGCAGGAAAUACUGGGUUACCCGGGAGAAAGUGAUUUUUUCUCGGGAUGGAACAUUUUGUAAAAUAUUCAACCCUAGUCACUACAACUUGAGUGGAGUCCACCUGUGGCCAAUUCAAUUGUUUGGAAAUGAUUUAGGAAGAAACACACCUGUCUAUAUAAGGUCCCACAAUUGACAGUGCAUGUCAGAGCAGACACUAUACCAUGAAGUUGAAGGAACUGUCAGAGAGAGAAUUGUGAUGAGGCAUAAACAGUAUCUGGUGAAGGGUAUAAAACUAUUUCUAGAGUGUUGAACGUUUCCAAGAGCACAGUGGUCUCCGUCAUUGGGAAAUUGAAGAAAUAUGGAACUACCAAGACUGUGCCUAGAGCUGGCCGUCCGAUCAAACAUGAGCAAUGGGACAAGAAGGACCUUGGUCAGGGAGGAACCCAAGAACCCAAUGACCACUGACAGAACUACACAGUUCCUUGGUUGAGAUGGGAGAACCUGCCAGAAGGACAACAAUCUCUACAGCACUUCACCAAUCUGGGCAUUAUGGGAGAGUGGCCAGACGGAAACCAUUCCUGGGAAAAAGGCACAUGACAGCACGCCUGGAGUUUGCAAAAAGGCACGUGAAAGACUGAGCGCAUAAGGCAAAAUAUUCUGUGGUCUGAUGAGACAAAAAUGUAACUCAUUGGCCUGAAUGCAAAGCAUUAUGUCUGUAGAAAACCAGACCGCUCAUCACCUGUCUAACACUAGCCCUACCGUGGAGCAUGGUGCUUUUCACCAGCAGGGACUGGGAGACUGGUAAGGAUAGAGGGAACAAUGAAUGGAGCCAAAUACAGGCAAACCCUUGAUUAAACCUGUUUCAGAGUACAAACAACCUUAGACUGGGGUGAAGAUAUACGUUCAAAAUGAGCCCAAGCAUACAGCCAAAGCAACGCUGGAAUGGCUUCAGAACAAGAAUGUGAAUGUCCUUGAGAAGCCCAGCCAAAGCCCAGACUUGAAUCCCAUUGAAAAUCUGUGGAAAGACUUUAAUAUUGCUGCUCACCGCCGCUCCCAAUCUAAUUUAAGCUCGAGAAAAUCUGCAAGGAAGAAUGGGAGAAAAUCACCAAGUCCAGAUGUGCAAAACUGAUAGACAUACCCAAGACAACUCAAAGAGUUAAAGUUCUCCGUCAUAUGGAUUUUGGAGAGGUCAUUUUGGGGGGGCUGGUUUGGAGAUGACAUGGCAUAAUACAGACAGAAGCGUCUGUUCUACAAAUGUUAUAUUCAAAUAAAUGUAUUUUAAAAUAUAUAAUUUUCUCUGUUAUGCUGUGUGCACUGAACUGACAUGCAUGAUUGCUGACACUCCGAUGUUCAGAUGAAGGGAAUUAAAUACAGUGCCAUGUAAAAGUAUUCAUCCCCCUUGGCGUUUUUCCUAUUUUGUUGCAUUACAACCUGUAAUUUAAAUGGAUUUUUAUUUGGAUUUCAUUUAAUGAACAUACACAAAAUAGUCCAAAUUGGUGAAGUGAAAUGAAAAAAAAGACUUGUUAAAAAAAUUCUAAAAACUAAAUAACGGAAAAGUAGUGCGUGCAUAUGUAUUCACCCCCUUUGCUAUGAAGCCCUAAAACAGAUCUGGUGCAACCAAUUACCUUCAGAAGUCACAUAAUUAGUUAAAUAAAGUCCACCUGUGUGCAAUCUAAGUUGAAGUCGGAAGUUUACAUACACCGUAGCCAAAUACAUUUAAACUAAGUUUUUCACAAUUCCUGACAUUUAAUCCUAGUAAAAAUUCCCUGUCUUAGGUCAGUUAGGAUCACCACUUUAUUUUAAGAAUGUGAAAUGUCAGAAUAAUAGUAGAGAGAGAUUUAUUUCAGCUUUUAUUUAUUUCUUUCAUCACAUUCCCAGUGAGUCAGACGUUUAUAUACACUCAAUUAGUAUUUGGUAGCAUUGCCUUUAAAUUGUUUAACUUGGGUCAAACGUUUCGGGUAGCCUUCCACAAGCUUCCCACAAUAAGUUGGGUGAAUUUUGGCCCAUUCCUCAUGACAGAGCUGGUGUAACUGAGUCAGGUUUGUAGGCCUCCUUGCUCGCACACGCUUUUUCAGUUCUGUGCACAAAUGUUCUAUAGGAUUGAGGUCAGGGCUUUGUGAUGGCCACUCCAAUACCUUGACUUUGUUGUCCUUAAGCCAUUUUGCCACAACUUUGGAAGUAUGCUUGGGGUCAUUGUCCAUUUGGAAGACCCAUUUGCGACCAAGCUUUAACUUCCUGACUGAUGUCUUGAGAUGUUGCUUCAAUAUAUCCACAUAAUUUUCCUUCCUCAUGAUGCCAUCUAUUUUGUGAAGUGCACCAGUCCCUCUUGCAGCAAGGCACCCCCACAGCAUGAUGCUGCCACCCCCAUGCUUCACGGUUGGGAUGGUGUUCUUCGGCUUGCAAGAUCCCCCCUUUUCCUCCAAACAUAACGAUGGUCAUUAUGGCCAAACAGUUAUUUUUUAUAUUUCCUUUAUUUAACCAGGUAGGCCAGUUGAGAACAAGUUCUCAUUUACAACUGCGACGUGGCCAAGAUAAAGCAAAGCAGUGCGAUAAAAACAACAACACAGAGUUACACAUGGAAUAAACAAAACAUACAGUCAAUAACACAAUAGAAAAGAUAUAUACAGUGUGUGUAAAUGUAGUAAGUUAUGGAGGUAAGGCAAUAAAUAGGCCAUAGUGCAAAAUAAUUACAAUUUAGUAUUAACACUGGAGUGAUAGAUGUGCAAAUAGAGAUACUGGGGUGCAGCAGAGAACUGGAAGGAAUGGCGGCCAAAGGAGGUGUUGGCUUUGGGGAUGACCAGUGAGAUAUACCUGCUGGAACGCAUACUACGGGUGGGUGUUGCUAUGGUGAUCAAUGAUCUAAGAUAAGGCGGGGAUUUGCCUAGAAGUGAUUUAUAGAUGACCUGGAGCCAGUGGGUUUGGCGACGAAUAUGUAGUGAGGGCCAGCCAACGAGAGCGUACAGGUCACAAUGGUGGGUAGUAUAUGGGGCUUUGGUGACAAAACGGAUGGCACUGUGAUAGACUACAUCCAAUUUGCUGAGUAGAGUGUUGGAAGCUAUUUUGUAAAUUACAUCGCCGAAGUCAAGGAUCGGUAGGAUAGUCAGUUUUACGGGGGCAUGUUUAGCAGCAUGAGUGAAGGAGGCUUUGUUGCGAAAUAGGAAGCCGAUUCUAGAUUUAACUUUGGAUUGGAGAUGCUUAAUGUGAGUCUGGAAGGAGAGUUUACGGUCUAACCAGACACCUAGGUAUUUGUAGUUGUCCACAUAUUCUAAGUCAGACCCGCCGAGAGUAGUGAUUCUAGUCGGGCGGGCGGGUGCAGCAGCGUUCGAUUGAAGAGCAUGCAUUUAGUUUUACUAGCGUUUUAAGAGCAGUUGGAGGCCACGGAAGGAGUGUUGUAUGGCAUUGAAGCUUGUUUGGAGGUUUGUUAACACAGUGUCCAAUGAAGGGCCAGAUGUAUACAAAAUGGUGUCGUCUGCGUAGAGGUGGAUCUGAGAGUCCUCAGCAGCAAGAGCGACAUCAUUGAUAUACACAGAGAAUAGAGUCUGCCCGAGAAUUGAACCCAGUGGCACCCCCAUAGAGACUGCCAGAGGUCCAGACAACAGGCCCUCUGAUUUGACACUUUGAACUCUAUCUGAGAAGUAGUUGGUGAACCAGGCGAGGCAGUCAUUUGAGAAACCAAGGCUAUUUAGUCUGCCAAUAAGAAUGCAGUGAUUGACAGAGUCAUAAGCCUUCGCCAGGUCGAUGAAGACGGUUGCACAGUACUGUCUUUUAUCGAUCGCGGUUAUUAUAUCGUUUAGGACCUUGAGCGUGGCUGAGUUGCACCCAUGACCAGCUCGGAAACCAGAUUGCAUAGCGGAGAAGGUACGUGGGAUUCGAAAUGGUCAGUGAGCUGUUUGUUAACUAGGCUUUCAAAUACUUUCGAAAGGCAGGGCAGGAUGGAUAUAGGUCUGUAACAGUUUGGAUCUAGAGUGUCACGUACCGUGGCAGGUUUCCAAUCUCUGGGGAUCUCAGACGAUACAAAAGAGAGGUUGAACAGGCUAGUAAUAAGGGUUGCGACAAUUUCGGAGGCUAAUUUGAGAAAGAAAGGGUCCAGAUUGUCUAGGCCAGCUGAUUUGUAGGGGUCCAGAUUGAGCAGCUCUUUCAGGACAUCAGCUAUCUGAAUUUGGGUGAAGGAGAAGCGGGGGGGCAUGGGAAGUUGCAGCAGAGGGUGCAGAGCUGGUAGCCGGGGUAGGGGUAGCCAGGUGGAAAGCAUGGCCAGCCGUAGCAAAAUGCUUGUUGAAAUUCUCGAUUAUCGUAGAUUUAUCGGUGGUGAUAGUGUUUCCUAGCCUCAGUGCAGUGGGUAGCUGGGAGGAGGUGCUCUUAUUCUCCAUGGACUUUACAGUGUCCCAAAACCUUUUGGAGUUAGUGCUACAGGAUGCAAAUUUCUGUUUGAAAAAGCUAGCCUUUGCUUUCCUAACUGAUUGUGUAUAUUGGUUCCUGACUUCCCUGAAAAGUUGGAUAUCGCGGGGGCUUUUCGAUGCUUAUGCAGUACACCACAGGAUGUUUUUGUGCUGGUCAAGGGCAGUCAAGUCUGGGGUAAACCAGGGGCUAUAUCUGUUCUUAGUUCUGCAUUUUUUGAAUGGUGUUUGCUUAUUUAAGGUUUUCUUAAUAUAACGGAUGUAAUUUAAUUCUAGAUCUACAAGAUAUUCAUAACAGACAGAUCAGACAGACUCUCUCUCUUCUCACCUGUUCUGAGUUUAACAUCAGGGCUGGGGUCGCUAUGGCAGCCCCUGUCGAUGGUAACCAUGGUGACAGCAUAGGUCUCGGAGCAGUGCAGGGGCAUGUUUACUUUUGAAGAACAUCCAGGCAUCCUCUACUGACGGAAUGAGGUCAAUAUCCAUCCAGGAUACCCGGGCCAGGUCAAUUAGAAAGGCCUGCUCGCUGAAGUGUUUUAGGGAGCGUUUGACAGUGAUGAGGGGUGGUCGUUUGACCGCGGACCCAUUACUGACGCAGGCAAUGAGGCAGUGAUCGCUGAGAUCCUGGUUGAAGACAGCGGAGGUGUAUUUAGAGGGUAAAUUAGUCAGGAUGAUAUCUAUGAGGGUGCCCAUGUAUACGGAUUUAGGGUUGUACCUGGUAGGUUCCUUGAUAAUUUGUGUGAGAUUGAGGGCAUCUAGUUUAGAUUGUAGGAAGGCCGGGGUGUUAAGCAUAUCCCAGUUUAGGUCACCAAGCAGUACGAACUCUUGAGGUUAGAUGGGGGGGCAAGCAAUUCACAUAUGGUGUCCAGGGCACAACUGGGGGCUGAGGGGGGUCUGUAGCAAGCGGCAACAGUGAGAGACUUAUUUCUGGAAAGGUGGAUCUUUAGAAGUAGAAGCUCAAACUGUUUGGGCACAGACCUGGGUAGUAUGAUAGAGCUCUACAUGCUAUCUCUACAGUAGAUUGCAACUCCGCCCCCUUUGGCAGUUCUAUCUAGACGGAAAAUGUUGUAGUUCGGGAUAGACAUCUCUGAAUUUUUGGUGGCCUUCCUAUGCCAAGAUUCAUACACUGCUAGAACAUCAGGGUUGGCAGAGUGUGCUAACGCAGUGAAUAACUCAAAGUUGGGGAGGAGACUUCUGAUGUUAACAUGCAAGAAACCAAGGCUUUUACGGUUACAGAAGUCAACAAAUGAUAGCGCCUGGGAGUUAGGAGUGAUACUGGGGGCUACAGGACCUGGGAUAACCUCUACAUCACCAGAGGAACAGAGGAGGAAUAGAUUAAGGAUACGGCUAAAGGCUUUAAGAACUGUUCUUCUAGUGCGUUGUGGCAGAGAGGCAUAACACAAUCACAGGUGUUAUUCGAGAGGGCUAAGACAACAACUGGUAAUGGCGACGAAAGUUUGGGCUGAGGCUAAACAGAAAAACAGGAUGGGGUACCGUGUAAAGGAACAGUCCAGCAGGCAUUAGCUGUGUAGCUGUGUGAUCAUAAGGUCCAGUGAACAGCACUAAGUAAGUCCGGGAGCAGAUUGUAGGCUGCUAAAGCACAGGCGAGCAGAAGGCACGGCUGUUGAUUGCGCGUGCUAGCGGGCCGGGGCUAGCAGAUGGAUAUUCGUGGUCGUCGCAAAGGGAAGCCUGUUGAAAGCACAUCAGACGAUUACGUCGGCAGACCAGACGUGAUGGAUCGACAGGGCUCCGUGUCGACACUAGGAGGUCCCGUCCGGUUGACAGAGAGGUAGAUAGCUGGGAGAUGGGCCUAGCUCGAGGCUAGCUCAAGGCUAACUGGUACGUUGGGAAGUGGAUAUUAGCCAACAACAGCCAUUCGGUUGCAGCUAGCUAGUUGCGAUGGUCCGGUGUUAAGGUCCAGUGAUUCUGGCAGAAAAUCCGAUAUGCUCUGGGUCGAUAGCACGCUGUGCAGACUGGCCGAUAAUUGUCCAGGCUAGAGCUGGCUGGUAGGUAGUGCAGGCCACGGACAGUGGUGAAGACCGCUAACUGUGGCUAAUAGCAAGUAGCUAGUUAGCUGGCUAGUUUCAGCCGUAGGUUCUUGAUAAAAAUAAAGAAAUAAUAGAUUCCGUUCCACAUUGGGUGAGGCGGGUUGCAGGAAAGCAUAUUUAGAUUAAAGGAUGUAAAGUGAGAUAGAGAAAUAUACAGUGAGGGAAAAAAGUAUUUGAUCCCCUGCUGAUUUUGUACGUUUGCCCACUGACAAAGACAUGCUCAGUCUAUAAUUUUAAUCGUAGGUUUAUUUGAACAGUGAGAGACAGAAUAACAACAACAAAAUCCAGAAAAACGCAUGUCAAAAAUGUUAUAAAUUGAUUUGCAUUUUAAUGAGGGAAAUAAGUAUUUGACCCCUCUGCAAAACAUGACUUAGUACUUGGUGGCAAAACCCUUGUUGGCAAUCACAGAGGUCAGACGUUUCUUGUAGUUGGCCACUAGGUUUGCACACAUCUCAGGAGGGAUUUUGUCCCACUCCUCUUUGCAGAUCUUCUCCAAGUCAUUAAGGUUUCGAGCCUGACGUUUGGCAACUUGAACCUUCAGCUCCCUCCACAUAUUUUCUAUGGGAUUAAGGUCUGGAGACUGGCUAGGCCACUCCAGGACCUUAAUGUGCUUCUUCUUGAGCCACUCCUUUGUUGCCUUGGCCGUGUGUUUUCGUCCAUCGUCCCUUUGAUACGGUGACGUUGUCCUGUCCCCUUAGCAGAAAAACACCCCCAAAGCAUAAUGUUUCCACCUCCAUGUUUGACGGUGGGGAUGGUGUUCUUGGGGUCAUAGGCAGCAUUCCUCCUCCUUCAAACACGGCGAGUUGAGUUGAUGCCAAAGAGCUCAAUUUUACACUUUCACCCAGUUCUCCUUGGCAAACUUCAGACGGCCCUGUAUAUGUGCUUUCUUGAGCAGGGGGACCUUGGGGGCGCUGCAGGAUUUCAGUCCUUCACGGCGUAGUGUGUUACCAAUUGUUUUCUUGGUGACUAAUGUCCCAGCUGCCUUGAGAUCAUUGACAAGAUCAUCCUGUGUAGUUCUGAGCUGAUUCCUCACCGUUCUCAUGAUCAUUGCAACUCCACGAGGUGACAUCUUGCGUGGAGCCCCAGGCCGAGGGAGAUUGACAGUUCUUUUGUGUUUCUUCCAUUUGCGAAUAAUCGCACCAACUGUUGUCACCUUCUCACCAAGCUGCUUGGCGAUGGUCUUGUAGCCCAUUCCAGCCUUGUGUAGGUCUACAAUCUUGUCCCUGACAUCCUUGGAGAGCUCUUUGGUCUGGGCCAUGUUGGAGAGUUUGGAAUCUGAUUGAUUGAUUGCUUCUGUGGACAGGUGUCUUUUAUACAGGUAACAAGCUGAGAUUAGGAGCACUCCCUUUAAGAGUGUGCUCCUAUUCUCAGCUCGUUACCUGUAUAAAAGACACCUGGGAGCCAGAAAUCUUUCUGAUUGAGAGGGGGUCAAAUACUUAUUUCCCUAAUUAAAAUACAAAUCAAUUGAUAACAUUUUUGACAUACUGGAUUUUCUGGAUUUUGUUGUUGUUAGUCUGUCUCUCACUGUUCAAAUAAACCUACCAUUACAAUUAUAGACUGAUUAUUUCUUUGUCAGUGGGCAAACGUACAAAAUCAGCAAGGGAUCAAAUACUUUUUUCCCUCACUGUAUACGAAUGAAAGACAAAAAACAAAAGAAACAGGCUAUUUACACGAGGACACAACACAAUACACGACCGCACUACUACGCCAUCUUGGAGUACAAGAUGUAUUUUAUAUUUUUGUUUCAUCAGACCAGAGGACAUUUCUCCAAAAAGUACGAUCUUUGUCCCCAUGUGCAGUUGCAAACCGUAGUCUGGCUUUUUUAUGGCGGUUUUGGAGCAGUGGCUUCUUCCUUGCUGAGUGGCCUUAUGUCAAUAUAGGACUCGUUUUACUGUGGAUAUAGAUACUUGUGUACCUUUUUCCUCCAGCAUCUUCAUAAGGUCCUUUGCUGUUGUUCUGGGAUUGAUUUGCACUUUUCGCACCAAAGUACGUUCAUCUCUAGGAGACAGAAUGCGUCUCCUUCCUGAGCGGUAUGACGGCUGCAUGGUCCCAUGGUGUUUAUACUUGCGUACUGUUGUUUGUACAGAUGAACGUGGUACCUUCAGGCGUUUGGAAAUUGCUCCCAAGGAUGAACCAGACUUGUGGAGGUCUACAACUUUUUUUCUGAGGUCUUGGCUGAUUUCUUUUGAAUUUCCCAUGAUGUCAAGCAAAGAGGCACUGAGUUUGAAGGUAGGCCUUGAAAUACAUCCACAGGUACACCUCCAAUUGACUCAAAUUAUGUUAAUUAGCCUAUCAGAAGCUUCUAAAGCCAUGACAUCAUUUUCUGGAAUUUUCCAAGCUGUUUAAAGUCACAGUCAACUUGGUGUAUGUAAACUUCUGACCUAAAUACAGGGAAAUUCUUGAGGGAAACCUGUUUCAGUCUUCCAGAGAUUUGAGACUGGGACGGAGGUUCACCUUCCAGCAGGACAAUGACCCUAAGCAUACUGCUAAAGCAACACUCAAGUAGGUUAAGGGGAAACAUUUAAAUGUCUUGGAAUGGCCUAGUCAAAGCCCAGACCUCAAUCCAAUUGAGAAUCUGUGGUAUGACUUAAAGAUUGCUGUACACCAGCGGAACCCAUCCAACUUGAAAGAGCUGGAGCAGUUUUGCAUUGAAGAAUGGGCAAAAAUCCCAGUGGCUAGAUGUGCCAAGCUUAUAGAGACAUACCCCAAGCUGUAAUUGCUGCAAAAGGUGGCUCUACAAAGUAUUGACUUUGGGGGGGUGAAUAGUUUUUCACGCUGAAGUUUUCUGGUUUUUUGUCUUAUUUCUUGUUUGUUUCACAAGAUAACAUAUUUUUGCAUCUUCAAAGUGGUAGGCAUGUUGUGUAAAUCAAAUGAUACAAACCCCCCAAAAAUCCAUUUUAAUUCCAGGUUGUAAGGCAACAAAAUAGGAAAAAAUGCGAAGGGGGUGAAUACUUUCGCAAGCCACUGUAGUCUAUAAUGCGCACCACCGCAUUGCUCAACUCAGACAACGGUGUGUAGCCUACUGUAGCUGCUGGUAAAGUAAUUCAAAGACUAUACUUUAUCACUCAGAAUGGAACUUUCCAGUUCUACUAUUUUUGCCAUGUAAUGUUGUUAUUAAAACAAUCAGACAACCCUAUAGUAGAAUACGUUACCUAUUUACCUAGUCGGCCUAUUGUUAUUGUUAUAAAUAUUCCUCUCGAGGCGCAUUCAAGUUGCGAGAGCCAUAGGAGGGAAACAUGUAUUCUGACAAAAAGUAAUUGCACAACAUUGUUUUGGCAAAUGUUUUAAAGAGGGGGAUCCCAGUUUUCCAUUGCUACCAUGUUUAAUUCUCUACUCCUUCAAUCAUUUUACAAAUGCAGUUUUACAACCGGUUUCAAGCAUGGUUUAGGCGCAGCUGCACAACAGGGCGCUUAUAGGGGCAAUGUCUUAAAAGAGCAACAACACUGUAAUAGAAACCAAAAUAAUCUCAUUUUUAGAGUGAAUAAUAAUUAAUAAGCUAUAGAUUCAUAUUUAUAAUAAAUAAUAAUGACAAUCAGGAUGUUGUGUCCAAUGGGGUAAAUGCAGAUGGACAAACCCCAUGCUUCAGCCUAUGUACAUUUUAUAGCCACUAUGCUGCAUCAGUUGGGCUAGAGGUGAUAAUGCUUACUGCUAAUAGGACAUCUGAUAAGGUAGACCCCUCAAACUCAACUCUGGACCUCGAAGCCAGUUCCACUGCAUUUUUUUUCAUUGUUCUCCUCUAAUCAGGGAAUGAUUUAGACCUGGGACACCAGGUGUGCAAUUAAUUAUCAGGUAGAAAAGAAAACCAGCAGGCUCCGGACCUCGUAGGUUAUGAGUUGAAUACCCCUGAUGCAGACCAUGCAUAGGUUACAUGCAUGAUCCAAUAUGUUAAAAUAAUUUGUAUAUUAUUUUUACCAAUAUGUUGUUGGGCUCAUUUCUGGAGGUGAAAAUCAUAUUUUGGAGUAGAAUGUAUUUUAAAAAAGUCACCAGAACUGAGCUUCUCAGUCCUUCUACAGUGGGGAGAACAAGUAUUUGAUACACUGCCAAUUUUGCAGGUUUUCCUACUUACAAAGCAUGUAGAGGUCUGUAAUUUUUAUCAUAGGUACACUUCAACUGUGAGAGACGGAAUCUAAAACAAAAAUCCAGAAAAUCACAUUGUAUGAUUUUUAAGUAAUUAAUUUGCAUUUUAUUGCAUGACAUAAGUAUUUGAUCACCUACCAACCAGUAAGAAUUCCGGCUCUCGCAGACCUGUUAGUUUUUCUUUAAGCCCUCCUGUUCUCCACUCAUUACCUGUAUUAACUGCACCUGUUUGAACUCGUUACCUGUAUAAAAGACACCUGUCCACACACUCAAUCAAACAGACUCCAACCUCUCCACAAUGGCCAAGACCAGAGAGCUGUGUAAGGACAUCAGGGAUAAAAUUGUAGACCUGCACAAGGCUGGGAUGGGCUACAGGACAAUAGGCAAGCAGCUUGGUGAGAAGGCAACAACUGUUGGCGCAAUUAUUAGAAAAUGGAAGAAGUUCAAGAUGACGGUCAAUCACCCUCGGUCUGGGGCUCCAUGCAAGAUCUCACCUCGUGGGGCAUCAAUGAUCAUGAGGAAGGUGAGGGAUCAGCCCAGAACUACACGGCAGGACCUGGUCAAUGACCUGAAGAGAGCUGGGACCACAGUCUCAAAGAAAACCAUUAGUAACACACUACGCCGUCAUGGAUUAAAAUCCUGCAGCGCACACAAGGUCCCCCUGCUCAAGCCAGCGCAUGUCCAGGCCCGUCUGAAGUUUGCCAAUGACCAUCUGGAUGAUCCAGAGGAGGAAUGGGAGAAGGUCAUGUGGUCUGAUGAGACAAAAAUAAGAGCUUUUUGGUCUAAACUCCACUCGCCGUGUUUGGAGGAAGAAGAAGGAUGAGUACAACCCCAAGAACACCAUCCCAACCGUGAAGCAUGGAGGUGGAAACAUCAUUCUUUGGGGAUGCUUUUCUGCAAAGGGGACAGGACGACUGCACCGUAUUGAGGGGAGGAUGGAUGGGGCCAUGUAUCGCGAGAUCUUGGCCAACAACCUCCUUCCCUCAGUAAGAGCAUUGAAGAUGGGUCGUGGCUGGGUCUUCCAGCAUGACAACGACCCGAAACACACAGCCAGGGCAACUAAGGAGUUGCUCCGUAAGAAGCAUCUCAAGGUCCUGGAGUGGCCUAGCCAGUCUCCAGACCUGAACCCAAUAGAAAAUCUUUGGAGGGAGCUGAAAGUCCGUAUUGCCCAGCGACAGCCCUGAAACCUGAAAGAUCUGGAGAAGGUCUGUAUGGAGGAGUGGGCCAAAAUCCCUGCUGCAGUGUGUGCAAACCUGGUCAAGACCUACAGGAAACGUAUGAUCUCUGUAAUUGCAAACAAAGGUUUCUGUUCCAAAUAUUAAGUUCUGCUUUUCUGAUGUAUCAAAUACUUAUGUCAUGCAAAUAAAAUGCAAAUUAAUUCCUUAAAAAUCAUACAAUGUGAUUUUCUGGAUUUUUGUUUUAGAUUCCGUCUCUCACAGUUGAAGUGUACCUAUGAUAAAAAUUACAGACCUCUACAUGCUUUGUAAGUAAGAGAACCUGCAAAAUCGGCAGUGUAUCAAAUACUUGUUCUCCCCACUGUAUAUAUUUUUGGUUUGUUGAGUUAAUUAGACAUGGCCAUUUCAAGCUUAUCUUUCUAAAAAAUGUAAUGUUAUUAAGGAAUAUUUAGGCAAGUUAGCUGGCUAACUCAUUGAUUCUGCUUUGUAGUAUACCCCUCUGGAAAGGGGAGUGAACAAGAGCAAAAAGGGUUGUUACAUUAUAUAAAAUACGGCCCCUCAAGUUAUAGUAGCUAGCUUGUUUUUUCAUUCAAAUGUUUCAUUUUCUCUUCUAGGUCCUCCUCUUCCGCUGUCGUCUCUGCGUCUUUUUGUUCCUCCGCUGCGGCUGGUGUGUGCUGCUCUGUGGCAGGUUGUAGAGCGGAGAGACGUCAUGGACUAUGGGCUGCUGGAAGAGUUUGCCACCAGCGUGUUGGAAAUAGUCCCUGAUCUGAUGACUUACAGAGAGAGGGUCCAACUCCUCAUGGGACUGAGAGCACGGGUGAGUCGGGGUGACAGGAGGGAAAGGAGUUGCCGCUAGGCACAGAUCUAGGAUCAGUGUAACUUCCUGAAGUGAACCAUUAUGGAAGGAAAACGUAGGGCUGUGACGGUCAUGGAGUUUUGUAUGAAGGUUAUUUGUCAGCCAAAUGACCUCCGUCACCGUUAUAACCAUUCGAAAAGCAAAAGACUCCUGCAAUUUUUCUCUUCGUCCACUCCUGACACUGCAUGUGCUCCUAGGCUGUUCUGUCUUUACUGUUUAGCCAAGCUGUACAGUUUAAUGUAUCUCCGUCUAGCAGUAUAACACUAACCCACCUAGCGAGUUAUUUGCCGAACUCGUGCCUGUGCCUGUUUGGCGACAAUUUUCUCACGUACGAGCCUACAGUGCAUUCGGAAAGUAUUCAGACCCCUUCCCUUUUUCCACAUUGUGUUACGUUACAGCCUUAUUCUAAAACAGAUUAAAUACAUAACAAUCAAUCUACACACAAUACCCCAUAAUGACAAAGUGAAAACAGGUUUUUAGAUAUUUUUGCAAAAAAAAAAAAAAAGACAUACCUUAUUUACGUAAGUAUUCAGAUCCUUUGCUAUGAGACUCGGAAUUGAGCUCGGGUGCAUCCUGUUUCCAUUGAUCAUCUUUGAUAUGUUUCCACAACUUGAUAGGAGUCCACCUGUGGUAAAUUGAAUUGAUUGGACAUGAUUUGGAAAGGCACACACCUGUUUAUAUAUGGUCCCACAGUUGACAGUGCAUGUCAGAGCAAAAAUCAAGCCAUGAGGUCGAAGGAAUUGUCCGUAGAGCUCCGAGACAGGAUUGUGUUGAGGCACAUGUCUGGGGAAGGGUACCAAAACAAUUCUGCAGCAUUGAAGGUCCCCAAGAACACAGUGGCCUCCAUCAUUCUUAAAUGGAAGAAGUUUGGAACCAUCAAGACUCUUCCUAGAGCUGGCCGCCCGGCCAAACUGAGCAAUCGGGGGAGAAGGGCCUUAGUCAGGGAGGUGACCAAGAACCCGAUGGUCACUCUGACAGAGCUCUAGAGUUCCUCUGUGGAGAUGGGAGAACCUUCCAGAAGGACAACAAUCUCUGCAGUACUCCACCAAUCAGGCCUUUAUGGUAGAGUGGCCAGACAGAAACCACUCCUCAGUAAAAGGCACACGACAGCCCACUUGGAGUUUGCCAAAAGGCAUGUAAAGGACUCUCUGACCAUGAGAAACAAGAUUAUCUGGUCUGAUGAAACCAAGAUUGAACUCUUUGGCCUUAAUGCCAAGAGUCAUGUCUGGAGGAAUCCAGGCACCAUCCCUACGGAGUAGCAUGGUGGUGGCAGCAUCUUGCUGUGGGGAUGUUUUUCAGCGGCAGGGACUAGGAGACUAGUCAGGAUCGAGGGAAAGAUGAACGGAGCAAAGUACAGAGAGAUCCUUGAUGAAAACCUGCUCCAGAGUGCUCGGGACCUCAUACUGGGGCGAAGGUUCACCUUCCAACAGGACAACGACCCUAAGCACACAGCCAAGACAAUGCAGGAGUGGCUUGUAGCCAAAAUGUGGAAAAAGUCAAGGGGUCUGAAUACUUUCCGAAUGCACUGAAUAUCCGUGGUCGGUGGACGGUUCUUAUUAGAAGGUUGUUGUUUGCACCGCUGAGCAGUGCCCAGGAAAUAAUUAAAUCACAUUUUUAGAAGAUACCACCCCCUUCCAAAUCAAUACCAAAUAUGGAUUCCAUGUUGUGUUGUGGCUUUGCAUGUAUAGCAGUUUUGCAACGGAAACCGUUUACCGUUUUCUCUAGGAACCAAACAGAGCAAACAUAAUGAAACUGGGAGGGACCUACCUGAAUUUGUCUCUCGUAAACCAUUUUACAUUGGAGUAAACGGUUUCCAUUGAAAAUGUUUUGGUACAGAGAAAAUGUUUUGCAACAGAAUCCGACUAAUGGAUACACCCCUGUCUGUUUCACACCUUUUUGUCCUAGCUAAUCAGCCUCGCUAUACGGGCACAUGCUGCCGCAGACACGACGCAGACAAGAAGUUGAAUGUAGCGUGUGCGUGCAAACAUUGACAUCCAUGUUUGGUUUUGAUUUGAAGGGGGGUGUUAGCAUCUAAACAUUUUAUUUAAUUAUUUCCUGGGCACCGCUCAGGGAUUUAAGGGAUGACCUUUUAAGAAGAACUGUAGACCAACCGAAUGCGUUCGCGAUAAGUCAAGACCAAAUCUGUACCGGUGUAGCAGCACGUGUUCCAUUAGACCCCGUCUUAUUACUAAAUGAAAUCAUUGUUAAAGGGGUCUAAGUUUGGGCUAGCGGAGGGCUAGCUAGCUGGAGUUAGCUAACCUAACUUGCUGACAUUUCUGUCAAGUCACAGUGUGCCCUGUUUUUGGUAAGCCAAUGGGUGCAUGUAUUUCAUGAUACUCAUUUGCUACAACAAGGAGCAACAAAGUUUAAUCACGUACAGUUGAAGUCAAAGUUUACAUACACUUAGGUUGGAGUCAUUAAAACUCGUUUUUCAACCACUCCACACAUUUCUUGUUAACAAACUAUAGUUUUGGCAAGUCGAUUAGGACAUCUACAGUGGGGAGAACAAGUAUUUGGUACACUGACGAUUUUGCAGGUUUUCCUACUUACAAAGCAUGUAGAGGUCUGUAAUUUUGAUCAUAGGUACACUUCAACUGUGAGACGGAAUCUAAAACAAAAAUCCAGAAAAUCACAUUGUAUGAUUUUUAAGUAAUUCAUUUGCAUUUUAUUGCUUGACAUAAGCAUUUGAUCACCUACCAACCAGUAAGAAUUCCGGCUCUCGCAGACCUGUUAGUUUUUCUUUAAGAAGCCCUCCUGUUCUCCACUCAUUACCUGUAUUAACUGCACCUGUUUGAACUCGUUAACUGUAUAAAAGACACCUGUCCACACACUCAAUCAAACAGACUCCAACCUCUCCACAAUGGCCAAGACCAGAGAGCUGUGUAAGGACAUCAGGGAUAAAAUUGUAGACCUGCACAAGGCUGGGAUGGGCUACAGGACAAUAGGCAAGCAGCUUGGUGAGAAGGCAACAACUGUUGGCGCAAUUAUUAGAAAAUGGAAGAAGUUCAAGAUGACGGUCAAUCACCCUCGGUCUGGGGCUCCAUGCAAGAUCUCACCUCGUGGGGCAUCAAUGAUCAUGAGGAAGGUGAGGGAUCAGCCCAGAACUACACGGCAGGACCUGGUAAAUGACCUGAAGAGAGCUGGGACCACAGUCUCAAAGAAAACCAUUAGUAACACACUACGCCGUCAUGGAUUAAAAUCCUGCACAGCCAGGGCAACUAAGGAGUUGCUCCGUAAGAAGCAUCUCAAGGUCCUGGAGUGGCCUAGCCAGUCUCCAGACCUGAACCCAAUAGAAAAUAUUUGGAGGGAGCUAAAAGUCCGUAUUGCCCAGCGACAGCCCUGAAACCUGAAAGAUCUGGAGAAGGUCUGUAUGGAGGAGUGGGCCAAAAUCCCUGCUGCAGUGUGUGCAAACCUGGUCAAGACCUACAGGAAACGUAUGAUCUCUGUAAUUGCAAACAAAGGUUUCUGUUCCAAAUAUUAAGUUCUGCUUUUCUGAUGUAUCAAAUACUUAUGUCAUGCAAAUAAAAUGCAAAUUAAUUCCUUAAAAAUCAUACAAUGUGAUUUUCUGGAUUUUCUAGAUUCCGUCUCUCACAGUUGAAGUGUACCUAUGAUAAAAAUUACAGACGUCUACAUGCUUUGUAAGUAAGAAAACCUGCAAAAUCGGCAGUGUAUCAAAUACUUGUUCUCCCCACUGUACUUUGUGCAUGACACAAGUAAUUUUUCCAACAAGUGUUUACAGACAGAUUAUUUCACUUAUAAUUCACUGUAUCACAAUUCCAGUGGGUCAGAAGUUUACAUACACUAAGUUGACUGUGCCUUUAAACAGCUUGGAAAAUUCCAGAAAAUGAUGUCAUGGCUUUAGAAGCUUCUGAUAGGCUAAUUGACAUCAUAUGAGUCAAUUGGAGGUGUACCUGUGGAUGUAUUUCAAGGCCUACCUUCAAACUCAGUGCCUCUUUGCUUGACAUCAUGGGAAAAUCAAAAGCAAUCAGCCAAUACCUCAGAAAAUAUAUUGUAGACCUCCACAAGUCUCUUUCAUCCUUGGAAGCAAUUUCCAAACGCCUGAAGGUACCACGUUCAUCUGUACAAACAAUAGUACGCAAGUAUAAACACCAUGGGACCACGCAGCUGUCAUACCGCUCAGGAAGGAGACACGUUCUGUCUCCUAGAGAUGAACGUACUUUGGUGCGAAAAGUGAAAAUCAAUCCCAGAACAACAGCAAAGGACGUUGUGAAGAUGCUGGAGGAAACAGGUACAAAAGUAUCUAAAUCCACAGUAAAACGAGUCCUAUAUCGACAUAACCUGAAAGGCCGCUCAGCAAGGAAGAAGCCACUGCUCCAAAACCGCCAUAAAAAAGCCAGACUACGGUUUGCAACUGCACAUGGGGACAAAGACCGUACUUUUUGGAUAAAUGUCCUCUGGUCUUAUGAAACAAAAAUAGAACUGUUUGGCCAUAAUGACCAUCAUGAUGUUUAGAGGAAAAAGGGGGUGGCUUGCAAGCCAAAGAACACCAUCCCAAUCGUCAAGCACGGGGGUGGCAGUAUCAUACUGUGCGGGUGCUUUGCUGCAAGAGGGACUGGUGCACUUCACAAAAUAGAUGGCAUCAUGAGGAAGGAAAAUUAUGUGGAUAUAUUGAAGCAACAUCUCAAGACAUCAGUCAGGAAGUUAAAGCUUGGUCGCAAAUGGGUCUUCCAAAUGGACAAUGACCCCAAGCAUACUUCCAAAGUUGUGGCAAAAUGGCUUAAGGACAACAAAGUCAAGGUAUUGGAGUGGCCAUCACAAAGCCCUGACCUCAAUCCUAUAGAACAUUUGUGGGCAGAACUGAAAAAGUGUGUGCGAGCAAGGAGGCCUACAAACCUGACUCAGAUACACCAGCUCUGUCAUGAGGAAUGGGCCAAAAUUCACCCAACUUAUUGUGGGAAGCUUGUGGAAGGCUACCCGAAACGUUUCACCCAAGUUAAACAAUUUAAAGGCAAUGCUACCAAAUACUAAUUGAGUGUUUGUAAACUUCUGACCCACUGGGAACGUGAUGAAAGAAAUAAAAGCUGAAAUAAAUCAUUCUCUCUACUAUUAUUCUGACAUUUCACAUUAUUAAAAUAAAGUGGUGAUCCUAACUGACCUAAGACAGGGAAUUAAAGGUCAGGAAUUGUGAAAAUCUGAGUUUAAAUGUAUUUGGCUAAGGUGUAUGUACAGUGAGGGAAAAAAGUUUUUGAUCCCCUGCUGAUUUUGUACGUUUGCCCACUGACAAAGAAAUGAUCAGUCUAUAAUUUUAAUGGUAGGCUUAUUUGAACAGUGAGAGACAGAAUAACGACAAAAAAAUCCAGAGAAACACAUGUCAAAAAUGUUAUAAAUUGAUUUGCAUUUUAAUGAGGGAAAUAAGUAUUUGACCCCCUCUCAAUCAGAAAGAAUCCUGGCUCCCAGGUGUUUUUUAUACAGGUAACGAGCUGAGAUUAGGAGCACACUCUUAAAGAGAGUGCUCCUAAUCUCAAUUUGUUACCUGUAUAAAAGACACCUGUCCACAGAAGCAAUCAAUCAGAUUCCACUCUCCACCAUGGCCAAGACCAAAUGAGCUCUCCAAGAAUGUCAGGGACAUGAUUGUAGACCUACACAAGGCUGGAAUAGGCUACAAGACCAUCGCCAAGCAGCUUGGUGAGAAGGUGACAACAGUUGGUGUGAUUAUUCGCAAAUGGAAGAAACACAAAAAAACUGUCAAUCUCCCUCGGCCUGGGGCUCCAUGCAAGAUCUCACCUCGUGGAGUUGCAAUGAUCAUGAGAACGGUGAGGAAUCAGCCCAGAACUACACUGGAGGAUCUUGUAAAUGAUCUCAAGGCAGCUGGGACCAUAGUCACCAAGAAAACAAUUGGUAACACACUACGCCGUGAAGGACUGAAAGGUCCCCCUGCUCAAGAAAGCACAUAUACAGGCCCGUCUGAAGUUUGCCAAUGAACAUCUGAAUGAUUCAGAGGAGAACUGGGUGAAAGUGUUGUGGUCAGAUGAGACCAAAAUCGAGCUCUUUGGCAUCAACUCAACUCGCCGUGUUUGGAGGAGGAGGAAUGCUGCCUAUGACCCCAAGAACACCAUCCCCACCGUCAAACAUGGAGGUGGAAACAUUAUGCUUUGGGGGUGUUUUUCUCCUAAGGGGACAGGACAACUUCACCGCAUCAAAGGGACGAUGGAUGGGGCCAUGUGCCGUCAAAUCUUGGGUGAGAACCUCCUUCCCUCAGCCAGGGCAUUGAAAAUGGGUCGUGGAUGGGUAUUCCAGCAUGACAAUGACCCAAAACACACGGCCAAGGCAACAAAGGAGUGGCUCAAGAAGAAGCACAUUAAGGUCCUGGAGUGGCCUAGCCAGUCUCCAGACCUUAAUCCCAUAGAAAAUCUGUGGAGGGAGCUGAAGGUUCGAGUUGCCAAACGUCAGGCUCGAAACCUUAAUGACUUGGAGAAGAUCUGCAAAGAGGAGUGGGACAAAAUCCCUCCUGAGAUGUGUGCAAACCUGGUGGCCAGCUACAAGAAACGUCUGACCUCUGUGAUUGCCAACAAGGGUUUUGCCACCAAGUACUAAGUCAUGUUUUGCAGAGGGGUCAAAUACUUAUUUCCCUCAUUAAAAUGCAAAUCAAUUGAUAACAUUUUUGACAUGCGUUUUUCUGGAUUUUGUUGUUGUUAUUCUGUCUCUCACUGUUCAAAUAAACCUACCAUUAAAAUUAUAGACUGAUCAUGUCUUUGUCAGUGGGCAAACGUACAAAAUCAUAUACUUUUUUCCCUCUCUGUAAACUUCCGACUUCAACUGUAGUAAAGAGUCCAUGUUAAUGCGGAAACGUACUCAACCAUACAUCUCAUUUGAAUGCCUGGCUAUUUUCACUCAGUCAGCAGUUUUUUCGUUUACAUUUACAUUUUAGUCAUUUAGCAGACGCUCUUAUCCAGAGCGACUUACAGGAGCAAUUAGGGUUAAGUGUCUUGCUCAAGGCAGGGCGAUAUGGCCAAAAUAUAUCACGGUAUUUAAAAAAUAUUUUACGGUAUGAUGGUAUUUGAUGUUUUUGAAUAAUACAAGUUAUAAAAUGAGUAGUGCAUGAUCCUAGGGUGGCAACACAUACAUUAUAAGUGAUUUCAAUGGGUCUUUCUCUAUUCUGAUUGUUUUAUACUGUUCAUUUCAACAUCAACCCAAAAUCACUUUCAGCAUUUUCAUAAAUAUUUGCAUUUCCUUCACUCAUUUGAGAUCAUUUCCAGAAUGCCAUGUAGGGCUGCACGAUAUGGGCAAACAAUCUAGACCUUAUUUUUAACCAAAUGUUGCAAUUGCGAUUUGACUUGCGAUUUUAGAGCAAAACACUUGGGUGAACUGUUGAAAUCAUGGAAAUAGAAUGAUUAUUUUAAUUCUAUAGUUAGAAUAUAAUAGUGGGCACGUUGAAUACAGUGUUCUUUGACAUGACAACGAAUGAAAAUGCCAGGGAGGAGUUAUUGUGACAGGGUAGGAAACAAAGUGUUGUGUUUCCUAGGGGACCCUAUAGUCUUUGUCUACAUUGAAUGUUUUCUCUUAGCUACUUCAUGUAGCUAACAUAUUCAUGCUUUGCGUUUUCUUCUUUGAUUUAGAAGAUACUGUUGCACAAACAACAUGCUGAUGUAGGUCUACACCCUCACUGGCAUUAUCAGGCUGCAUAGCUAGUUACGUUUGCUCUGACUCAUUUAUUAGCUAGCUAGCUAGCAAUUAGCAUUAGCGGCUAACAAGAUGUAGGCCAAACUUGCUAAACAAAGACAAACUAGCUGUUUGCAGAUGUAAUAAGCACAAACUAAUAGUGUAAUUAUAGAACGCUAGUGGAUUUAUAUUAAGAAGCAAAGUGAAAACAGCAUAGUUGUCAUCAACAUUGCUGCAUGUGCUGCAUUUUCGAGAUACCAAAAUUAAAGGCACCAGGAAGUGAUGGUUAUACCUCAGAAUUGUAUAAGCAGUUUGUAACUAUACUUUAACCAAUACUGCUUAGACUGUAUAAUACUUUGGGGGGAUCAUGAUAUUGUGAAUGGAACUACUGCUGAGGCAAUUAUCACACUCAUUCCUAAAGGGGAAAAAGACCUGUCUCAAUGCUCAGACCAUAGACCAAUCUCUUUACUAAAUGUUGAUUUUAAGAUACUUUCAAAAUUAUUAGCAAACAGACUUAGGAAAGUUAUUCACCCUUUGAUUUCAACUGAUCAGAUUGGUUUAAUUUCAAAUUGAUAUAGCUCCGAUAAUGCAAGGACAUUUUAUAAUAUGGUGCAUAGAGCUAAGAUGUUGCAGGUACCAGAUGUAUCACUUGAUGCUGAAAAAGCAUUUGAUCAAGUAGAGUGGAAAUAUUUAUUAUAUACAAUGGAAAGAUUUGGCUUUGGUCCUUUUUUUAGAAGAUGGGUUUCCAGUAUAUACAAUAGCCCUGGAGCAGCAGUUAUAACAAAUGGUAUGCACUCACUAACUGUAAGUCGCUCUGGAUAAGAGCGUCUGCUAAAUGACGUAAAUGUAAAUUUACCAUGUAGACUGAAUGCAAGUGUCUCGUGGUCGAGGAACAACAAAUGCGCUCCUUGAGUGACGGGGCGAGGCUAGGUCUGUGUGGAAAGCGGCAUAGAGAGAGAGUAGAGAGAGAUGACUCAAGUAGCGAAGUAAACUAUAAAAAUGGACGUUACAAACUGCUUAUCACAUUUAACAAGGCAAACAUUCAAAUAACGUUAUAGAAGGUAAAGUAAAAACCCAAACCAGUCCGUGCAUCAAUACCGGUAUAUCGUAAAAUACGGUAUUCAGCCCAGCCCUAGCUCCAGGGCACAUCGACAGAUUUUUCACCUUGUCAGCUGGGGGAUUCAAACCAGCAACCUUUCUGUUAUUAAAAAAUACAGAUAAAAACCCACCCUUAUGGAACAGUGCGGACUGUGAAGAGACACGCACAGACACACACAUGCUAACAUACGCACUAUACACACUCGUACACAUGGAUUUUGUAUUGUAGAUAUGUGGUAGUAGAGUAGUGGCCUGAGGGCACACACUUAAUGUGUUGUGAAAAGUGUUAUGAAAUGUAAUGUAGUAUUUUUAAUUGUAAAUAACUGCCUUAAUGUUGCUGGACCCCACUCUUAACCACUAGGCUAUCUGCCCUUGCCCUAUCUGUUCCACAACACAACAUUCUAAAACCGGCUAGUUUUGUGCCCUCUCGUCUUUCCUUAUAUCGGCUGUUAGAUGUGAUCCACGCUUACUUUUAUUUGACUGCAUAUAGGUCAAGUUUGUCGACAUAAAAAUGUUUUUAUUUUUUAUUAAAACGCUUAUGAUAGUUAUUUUAUUUACAUGACGGUCUUCAUCCAUAAUAGUCUGUUACACGAUUAUACAAUUACCGUGCCAGCCCUAGGAAAACGCAAGAUUUACAUUAGAUAAGUGCAACCUCAUCCUACUUGAACAUUGAACUCAACGAUCACACAUAUACACACCUGUUGCCAUUUAUGAUCAAUUCUCAUUUGAUUGACAGCUGGUUCUGGAGUUGUGUCGCUGUGAUGAUGAGUUGUGUCGCCCUGACACCGUCCAGCCACACCUGAACAGGAUAAGGAACUGUGUCUCCAAUCAGAAGGGAGAGGUGAGGACUGCUCAGAGAAGGAACCUUGAUUCUAAUUGCUCUAUUGGUAGUAGUGUGGUCCUUGUGACAUGGAACUUGGUGCUUAUAAUGUGGGUUUUAUUCCCUCAUUUGCCUCAAAAGGCUAAGUAUGUAAGGCAGUAUGUAUAUUUUCUAAAUGUCUAUAUACAGUAGAUCCACAGUGUUUUGGAAGUCUUGUUAUCCUAUGGCUAGUUUUAUUUACCCACUGUGCAUUAUUUCUGCAGGUUUCAGAUCCAAAGGUGGAAGCAUCAGAGGCCAGCUUCAUGAAGCUGAUUGAAACCCUGCUGGAGCAGCCAGAGGAGAGGGAACUCUUCUUCCAGGUCAGUGUCAUAGCAUGCUGGGGGAAAAAGUGACAUGAUUGCAUUUCACUGCUUCCAGGUCCAACCUGAUGCGAGAAUCAUAAUCAGUGAGCCCUUCCUUUCAAUGGAACCCAUUUUCUUGCCAUAGAUUGCAAACCAACAACCGUAUUUCCAGGCUUAUGUUAUUCAUACACGAUUUCUGUAUGUAGUGCCUUCAGAAAGUAUUCAUACCCCUUGGCCUAUUCCACAGUUUGUUGUUACAGCCUGAAUUCAAAAUUGAUUAAAUAGUAGUUUUUUUCUCAGCCAUCUACACACAAUACCCCAUAAAGACAAAGUGAAAACAUGUUUUUAGAAAUGUUUGCAAAUGUAUUGAAAAUGAAAUACAUACAUAUUCACACCCCUGAGUCAAUACUUUGUAGAAGCACCUUUGGCAGCGAUUACAGCUGUGAGGUCCCGUGUAGCUCAGUUGGUAGAGCAUGGCGUUUGCAACGCCAGGGUUGUGGGUUCGAUUCCCACGGGGGGCCAGUAUGAAAAUGUAUGCACUCACUAACUGUAAGUCGCUCUGGAUAAGUGCGUCUGCUAAAAUGUAAAUGUAGCUUUAAAUGUAAAUGUGAGUCUUUCUGGGUAAUUCUCUACCCAGUGGGCAUACGACGUGAUAAAGACGUCUUUUACUGGUUGAAAUCUGGUCUGGACAUAUAACCAGAUGAAGGUCAUGAAAAAUACAUCUUAUUUUGGUUAAUAUCAGGUUUUAAGUUUAAAUCUGAUUGAACUACUGACCAGUUAUCUAAAUGCUAUUCAAUUAAUAGAAACCAAUCUAUAUAAACAUGUGCAUAGUGUUUGUGGGCCAUGCAUUCAUUGCAUAUAAGACAGUAGAACCAUUACAAUUAUUAAAAUUUAGCACACUUGGCAAACAACAGCUGGCAGAGCGCACCAAAGCGGGUUAGGGUCUCGUGGCAUACUGUACCCAGUCAACACAAUGGGCUCGGGCUUAUUCCAUUUGAGACUCUGCAUUGACUCGGUCUCGGGGGGCUUCAUGUGGGCCGAGCUCUUCCCGAGUCCGGCAGAAUCAUAUUACUCUGGGCUCCGGCUAAUAGUACUCAGCCAAGUCUACUUCAGCUUAUCCGGUCCGAUUAACUUUUUCAGGAGUAGGGACAUUUGAGGUUUUUAUACGGCAGGUGAUGAACUAUUUACAAAAACAAAGAAAUGUGAUCAAUUUCACCUCCAAGUCAUUGAAUUUGCUAGGUCAUUAAAAGCUCAAAUGUAUUACUGUCUCUGUGGUCCUAUAGCUAUCAGAGAUGGUCCCUAAUUGAGAGAAUAUCCGAUACUCUAAAUGCUUUUGCUUUUAUUGAAGGCUAUGUUUUUCGUAGUUGCAGUCCACCCAAUUGAAAAGUGCACAUUCACUUCCAUAACAUUUGUUCUAGGCUACCAGCAUGUAAGAUAAACAGGCACAAUAAUACAGGAUACCCUUAAAAAAUGUCACUGCUGUUAUAAUGCAGUAAAACUGUGGUACAAUGAAAUAAUGGUUGUUUAAUUAGUAAUAUCUGGUAGCUUGCUGUAUGUGUUGGCUUUCUAAUGGUAGUCUUUUGUCUGUGUUAGCUAAUUGUACUGUUUAUUGUGCUGCACAUUUUCUUCUGUUCCACUGAAUGCUGUUUUGAUGUUCUAUUUUGACUAACAAAAUGUGUUUUCAGAAUUUAACAAAUAACACGUGGGCCUAUGUCUUUUAUUUCAAUAUCCUACUACAAUCCACCAGGAUUUACAAAACCCUAUUUUUAUCGCAUUUAUUUCCAUCAAUAAUUAAUCCAAAAUGAUUGCACCUGAAUUUGACCCUGAAAAUAUGACUAUAAUAUUUUUCCUUAAAGCUUUUAAGCAAUUAACAUAAUGUGUGCAGUAAUUGUAUUUUAAUUUCAGUAGCUAAGUUAGGAGGUAGGCAUAUCAGUUCCAGCUAAAACUUGGAUUGGAAUCUAUCCUUCACGCACAGCAAUAGAUCUCUGCGCGCAGGCAGCCUGCUCGAGCGCAUAGGUCAACAUUCCAUAUGUUAGUUGGGACAGAGCGCCCUUUAGGCUACACAACAACACAGUGGGAAAACAACAACAGUUUUCUUGAAAUGUAGACAAACAACAUCUAAAAGAUGUGCCUGCUAAGUGGUAGUCCCUGUUCUCCUGCAGUCUUGUUUUACUUUUGUAAGUAAAGCAGUGGUUUGUUGGGGAGAAGAACGUCAAGGAAAGAUUUGCUAGCUAGCUAAAUUAGCUGGCUAAUUCUAACGUUAGCUCUCUGGCUAAUCUCCAUGGACAUGGUAAGUUUUUAUUUAACAUUUUGUAGGCGUUGGUUCUAGCUAGCUAACAUUUUGACAUUUUGAUAUCUGUUUAGUUAAUGAUAGUAAACGUGUGUGUGUGUGUGUUCUCUGCGUGUGUGUGAGAGAUUAUGAUAACUUUGUCAUGUUAGCUAUGAGUGUGUGUUCUGUGUGAGGGGGGGAGAGAUGAUGAUUAUGAUCGCAAUAACUUAUGGAAAACAUUGUCAUCAUGUCAACAUUGUGUGAGAGCGAGAGAUGGUACAUGAAUACACAUAUAGGAAACGUGUGUGUGUGUGUGUGUGUGUGAAACAUGUACCACCAAUAUGGAUGUUUAGACUUUCUUGAUUCAUCAGAGAUCCUUGUAUUUUUGUGUAUUUUGUAUUUGACAAUAUGAUACAUUUUGCCUGUCUUUGCUCCCCCUCAACACUCAUUCUAACAUUACACCUCUCAACUGUCUUUUUCAAUUCUCGAUUCUCUUUUUUUGCAGGAAUCUUCUAGCUUGGAUGGAAGGAUGGAGGAGGGAACAAAGAGGAGGAGUACAGAAGUUAUCCAGUCUGCUGACUAAGAAUGCAAAUAGCCUAUGUUUUGCUGUCUAUCUCUAUCCGUCUGUCUGCCUGACUGCUGAGGGGCAACAAAGUCAAUGCACUUGCUAGGCUAAGUCUAACUUUGUAAAGACCUUAGGUAAUGAUUAAUCAUGAUCUGUUUUUCUUUACAGUUCCUGAAACAUGUCAAUGACUUGAUGCAUGGCCUCUACAGCAGUGCUUGGCCACCCACCAAGUUACCAGUGACCUAUUCUGCCACAUCCCAGGGGAGAGCAGAACCACCCCUCCUUAAAUCAAUAGUAAUUGACAGUGUGCAAAAUGUUAGUUUUUUCCGGUUUGAUACUCUGAUCUUCAGUGUGUAUUGAUUCCUACCAACCAGCUUUGUAACGAUUAGGUUUGUGCUAGCUAUGCUGAUGAUCAUUAACUUUUUUCAUUGCAUCAGGUCUCACUGAGACUGGAUUCCCCAAGAGACAUGCUAUUCAGCUGCCUAUUUAGCUGCCCAUUAUUGCCUGAUCUUACACUCUUAGGAAAAGAAAGGUGGUAUUGAGAACCUUAGUGUUCAUCAGCUGUCCCCAUAUGAGAACCCUUUGAAGAACCCUUUUUUGUUCCAGGUAGAAGUAUUAUAGAUUUCAUGUAGAACCCUUUCCAUAGAGAGUUAUACAUGGAACCCAAACGGGUUCUACCUGGAACCAAAAAUGGUUCUACAUGGAACCAAAAAGGGUUAUCCUAUGGGGACAGCCGAAGAACCCUUUUGGAACCCUUUUUUCUCAGUGUAGUGUAAGUAGAUCCAAUUGAAGUAGCACUAAUAGCAAUAAUAUAAGUUUGUAAAGCUGACUCCCUUGGUGAGUCAUGUAAAGUUUCUCCCAUUUCUGUUUUGCUCACUUAAACUCAAACGUGCGCAGUUGCAUAGAAGAGGAAGAGAUUUGGAAUCACACCCAUUUCUAACAAUGCUUGUUGCAGGAAUGAUAUGACAGACAGAACUUUUGAACAAGAUAAUAUUUUGUCUCUAUUGCCUCUUUACACAUACUUUUUACUAUUUUUAGAGAUGAGUUAAUGAUAAUUAUCUAACUACAGUCUACUUUUGAUAUCCUCUUCUUAAAAUGUUUGAAAUUGAUGACCAAUGAAUUAAUGUCCCACUUCAAUAUGAGGGGACAGAAGAGCAAACAUGCCUUUGCUACCACCUUUAGUAGAUUCUGACUGUUAAAGAUAUUUUACUGUGCGUUACUCUUCUGUCGUGUCCUGCAUGCCCACAUUAUGCCAAUCAUUAAUUCAUUUUCUUCUCUUUUUACCGUAAGUAUCAUGAAAAGCCAGAAAACUCAGGAGGUUGGUGUGUUGCGGGCCCUCUGGAAAGUCUUCAAAUAUUCCCAUGACCGCUGUGGUGGAGAAGGACGCAAAGUAUGUACAGUGGGGGGAAAAAGGGUAUUUAGUCAGCCACCAAUUGUGCAAGUUCUCCCACUUAAAAAGAUGAGAGGCCUGUAAUUUUCAUCAUAGGUACACGUCAACUAUGACAGACAAAUUGAGAGAAAAAAAAUCCAGAAAAUCACAUUGUAGGAUUUUUAAUGAAUUUAUUUGCAAAUUAUGGUGGAAAAUAAGUAUUUGGUCACCUACAAACAAGCAAGAUUUCUGGCUCUCACAGACCUGUAACUUCUUCUUUAAGAGGAUCAUCUGUCCUCCACUCGUUACCUGUAUUAAUGGCACCUGUUUGAACUUGUUAUCAGUAUAAAAGACACCUGUCCACAACCUCAAACAGUCACACUCCAAACUCCACUAUGGCCAAGACCAAAGAGCUGUCAAAGGACACCAGAAACAAAAUUGUAGACCUGCACCAGGCUGGGAAGACUGAAUCUGCAAUAGGUAAGCAGCUUGGUUUGAAGAAAUCAACUGUGGGAGCAAUUAUUAGGAAAUGGAAGACAUACAAGACCACUGAUAAUCUCCCUCGAUCUGGGGCUCCACGCAAGAUCUCACCCCGUGGGGUCAAAAUGAUCACAAGAACGGUGAGCAAAAAUCCCAGAACCACACGGGGGGACCUAGUGAAUGACCUGCAGAGAGCUGGGACCAAAGUAACAAAGCCUACCAUCAGUAACACACUACGCCGCCAGGGACUCAAAUCCUGCAGUGCCAGACGUGACCCCCUGCAUAAGCCAGUACAUGUCCAGGCCCGUCUGAAGUUUGCUAGAGUGCAUUUGGAUGAUCCAGAAGAGGAUUGGGAGAAUGUCAUAUGGUCAGAUGAAACCAAAAUAGAACUUUUUGGUAAAAACUAAACUCAUCGUGUUUGGAGGACAAAGAAUGCUGAGUUGCAUCCAAAGAACAGCAUACCUACUGUGAAGCAUGGGGGUGGAAACAUCAUGCUUUGGGGCAGGACGACUGAUCCGUGUAAAGGAAAGAAUGAAUGGGGCCAUGUAUCGUGAGAUUUUGAGUGAAAACCUCCUUCCAUCAGCAAGGGCAUUGAAGAUGAAACGUGGCUGGGUCUUUCAGCAUGACAAUGAUCCCAAACACACCGCCCGGGCAACGAAGGAGUGGCUUCGUAAGAAGCAUUUCAAGGUCCUGGAGUGGCCUAGCCAGUCUCCAGAUCUCAACCCCAUAGAAAAUCUUUGGAGGGAGUUGAAAGUCUGUGUUGCCCAGCGACAGCCCCAAAACAUCACUGCUCUAGAGGAGAUCUGCAUGGAGGAAUGGGCCAAAAUACCAGCAACAGUGUGUGAAAACCUUGUGAAGACUUACAGAAAACAUUUGACCUGUGUCAUUGCCAACAAAGAGUAUAUAACAAAGUAUUGAGAAACUUUUGUUAUUGACCAAAUACUUAUUUUCCACCAUAAUUUGCAAAUAAAUUCAUUAAAAAUCCUACAAUGUGAUUUUCUGGAUUUUUUUCUCUCAAUUUGUCUGUCAUAGUUGACGUGUACCUAUGAUGAAAAUUACAGGCCUCUCUCAUCUUUUUAAGUGGGAGAACUUGCACAAUUGGUGGCUGACUAAAUACUUUUUUCCCCCACUGUAUAUGAGCAAGUUGCUCUUUUUUGAAGACAUCUCUAAGCUAUAACUGUCACAAACUUCUUCAACUAGUACCAUGGAAAUACUUUUAGCCAGCUGAGUCCACAAAGUUUCUUCAAUAAUGUCAUUUUCUAGUUUGCUUUUAAAAUCUCAAAUUGAUUAAGUUGUAAUGUGCUGAUUGUCUUAACUGCAGAUCUGACCCAUCACACGACUCUUCAAGAGGGCCACUACGCUCCAGUUUGGCUUCUGUGCUCAGAGCUUCAUGAUGAGGAUCUACCCAACCACACCACUCUUAUUAAUCAUUAAUCAAAUAAAACAAUGGGCCUUUAUAUACUCCGUGUCCCAGUCUUUCUAUACAUACAUUUACAUUUACAUUUUAGUCAUUUAGCAGACGCUCUUAUCCAGAGCGACUUACAGGAGCAAUUAGGGUUAAGUGCCUUGCUCAAGGGCACAUUAACGUCAUUUAGUAGACGCUCUUAGCCAGAGCGACUCACAAAUUGGUGCGUUCACCUAUAGCCAGUGGGAUAACCACUUUAACAAUUGGGGGGGGGGGGGUAGAAGGAUUCCUUUAUCCUAUCCCAGGUAUUCCUUAAAGAGGUGGGGUUUCAAAUGUCUCCGGAAGGUGGUGAGUGACUCCGCUGUCCUGGCGUCGUGAGGGAGCUUGUUCCACCAUUGGGGUGCCAGAGCAGCGAACAGUUUUUGACUGGGCUGAGCGGGAACUAUGCUUCCGCAGAGGAAGGGGAGCCAGCAGGCCAGAGGUGGAUGAGCGCAAUGCCCUCGUUUGGGUGUAGGGACUGAUCAGAGCCUGAAGGUACAGAGGUGCCGUUCCCCUCACUGCUCCAUAGGCAAGCACCAUGGUCUUGUAGCGGAUGCGAGCUUCAACUGGAAGCCAGUGGAGUGUGCGGAGGAGGGGGGUGACGUGAGAGAACUUGGGAAGGUUGAACACCAGACGGGCUGCGGCAUUCUGGAUGAGUUGUAGGGGUUUAAUGGCACAGGCAGGGAGGCCAGCCAACAGCGAGUUGCAGUAGUCCAGACGGGAGAUGACAAGUGCCUGGAUUAGGACCUGUGCCGCUUCCUGUGUAAGGCAGGGUCGUACUCUCCGAAUGUUGUAGAGCAUGAACCUGCAGGAGCGGGUCACCGCCUUGAUGUUGGCGGAGAACGACAGGGUGUUGUCCAGGGUCACGCCUAGGCUCUUCGCACUCUGGGAGGAGGACACAGCGGAGUUGUCAACCGUGAUGGCGAGAUCAUGGAACGGGCAGUCCUUCCCCGGGAGGAAGAGCAGCUCCGUCUUGCCAGGGUUCAGCUUGAGGUGGUGAUCCGUCAUCCAUACUGAUAUGUAUGGAUGACGGAUCACUAUACAUGUAAUGUCUGUGAGACAAUUACUGUAAUGUCUGUGAAACAAUUACUGUAAAUUGUAGAUUUGUUUUUGCCAUUGCUUGAUCUAUUUUAAAUAUAAGAAUAUGUUGCAGAUUAACUUUAAUUGGUGACUAUGGAAAUAAAUAGAAAUGUAAUGAGCAAUUUUUUCAAUAUCCAACUUUAUCCUCUGCAAUACUUUUUACAGUACACUCUUAGAAAAAAAGGUGCUAUCUAGAACCUAAAAGGGUUAUUCGGCAGUUCCCAUAGGAUAACCCUUUGAAUAGCUCUUUUUGGUUUCAGGUAGAACCCUUUUCGGUUCAAUGUAGGACCCUUUCCACCGGGGGUUCUACAUGGAAACCAAAAGGGUUCUAUGUGGAACCAAAAAGGCUUCUCCCUGGAACUAAAAAGACUUCUCCUAUGGGGACAGCCGAAUAACCCAUUUGGAAUCCUUUUUUCUAAGAGUGUAGGUAAUAAGCUGUAGUCAGGUGGUCAUUACCAGGUUAUGACCAGUAGGCUACAUAAUAUAGAAGCACAUAAUAUAGUGGUCAGAAUUAUGACCAGCUGGUCAGAUGGAGUUCACAGUUAUGACCAACUGGUCAUGUGGUGGUCAAUAAAAAUACAUUAAAAAAACUUCAUUUUUCAACCGGUUUCGACCAGAAUAAGACGUCAUAAAAAUAAGUCAUACUGACGUAUUUUUAACCAGGUUUUGCCCACUGGAUUGUGCAAAAUUUAUUUAUUUAUUUUUAAGCUCUGUCAAAUUGGUUGUUGAUCAUUGCUAGACAACCAUUUUCAGGUCUUGCCAUAGAUUUUCAAGUAGAUUUAAGUCAAACUGUAACUCGGUCACUUGGGAACAUUCACUGUCUUCUUGGUAAGCAAGUCCAGUGUAGAUUUGACCUUGUGUUUUAGGUUAUUGUCCUGCUGAAAGGUGAAUUCAUCUCCCAGUGUCUGGUGGAAAGCAGACUGAACCAGGUUUUCCUCUAGGAUUUUGCCUGUGCUUAGCUCCAUUCCAUUUCUUUUUUAUCCUGUAAAACUCCCCAGUCCUUAACGAUUACAAGCAUACCCAUAACAUGAUGCAGCCACCACUAUGCUUGAAAAUACAGAGAGUGGUACUCGGUAAUGUGUUGUAUUGGAUUUGCCCCAAACGUAACACUUUGUUUUCAGGACAAAAAGUGAAUUACUAAGCCAAUUAUUUUUACAGUGUUACUUUAGUGCCUUGUUGCAAACAGGAUGCAUGUUUUGGAAUAUUUGUAUUCUGUACAGGCUUCCUUAUUUUCCCUCUGUCAAUUAGGUUAGUAUUGUGGAGUAACUACAAUGUUGUUGGUCCAUCCGCAGUUUUCUCUUAUCACAGCCAUUAAACUCUGUAACUGUUUUAAAGUCACCAUUGGCCUCAUGGUGAAAUCCCUGAGCGGUUUCCUUCCUCUCCGGCAACUGAGUUAGGAAGGACGUCUGUAUCUUUGUAGUGAUUGGGUGUAUUGAUACACCAUCCAAAGUGUAAUUAAUAACUUCACCAUGCUCAAAGGGAUACUCAAUGUUUGCUUUUUUUAUUUUUACCCAUCUACCGAUAGGUGCCAUCCUUUGCGAGGCAUUGGAAAACCUCCCUGGUCUUUGUGGUUGAAUCUGUAUUUGAAAUUCACUGCUUGACUGAGGUACCUUACAGAUAAUUGUAUGUGUUGGGUACAGAGAUGAGGUAGUCAUUCAAAAAUCAUGUUAAACACUAACAUUGCACACAGAGUGAGUCCAUGCAACUUAUUAUGUGACUUGUUAAGCACAUUUUUACUUCUGAACUUAUUUAGGCUUGACAUAACUAAGGGGUUGACUACUUAUUGAUGCAAGACAUUUAAGCUUUUCAUUUUUAAUUAAUUUGUACAAAUAAAUAAAUAGUUCCACUUUAAUAUUAUGGGGUAUUGUGUGUAGACCAGUGACAACAUAAUCUCAAUUUAAUCAAUUUAAAAUUCAUGCUGUAACACAACAAAAUUUGGAAAAAGUUAAGGGGUGUGAAUACUUUCUGAAGGCACUGUAUGUACAUUCUACUGUCAUCUGAUUGUCCUGUUUAUUAGAAUGUUUUUCCAGAGGAGUAUGGCCCCAAGUAUGACUCAACACUGCAGAUUCUUGUGUGGGAGUUCCUGUCCAGACUGGAGAAACUGAUUCCUGCUCCAAACCUUAAACAGGUAUUAUUAUUCUGUACAUCAUCUGAGGUAUGCAUUAGGGAUGGCCAUUUGAAAGAAUGUCUGUGUUCGAGUACUCUCAUAUUAUAAUCUUUUGAGUACUCAAGUAUGGUAUGCUAUCGGUUGCUCUAAUUUCUGGUUGUUCUGAUAAGGAAAUUUAACAUAUUUUCACUGCACUUAACACACUCCACAAACAAUUGACACAUCUUAGAGUUUGUAAUUUUGUCAGUGCUUAUACAUUUAACCUGCUUAAUAGUAGAAUUUUGUACGUUUUAAGUAUUUGUAUUAGAUUAUUAGCAAUCGAAUACACUCCUUGGAUUAGUACUCACGCCCAUCCCUAGUAUGAAUGCGGCUUUCAGGAAAGAAUGUGUCCCAAAGUGCCUCUCAUUCCAAACAGAACCUUGAAACACCAUUUUGAUAUGGAAUAGGUUAUAGGUAAGUUAGGUCUUAGGAGCAGGAUUAGACACUACCACUUCCACACUCCUUCCCCAGGUGGCAGCAGCAACCAGGUCCAGGUGCUCUGUCAAGCCUUGAUAAAGUGCACAGGUGGGCGCAAUCAGGUUGAUUGGCAUUCAGUGAGGAGAGGUGGCCAGUUAAUAUCUUUAGUUUGGCAUGCCUUUUUGUAGUUUAGUAUUUUUCAACAUUUAUUUUGUCACUAUGAACAACGAAUACUAAUCUGCUUGGACUGUCCGACCAAGAGGUCGUGGAUCCCGGUAAAAUUUGCUGUCUCCUAUGGUCCUCUGUAGCUCAGCUGGUAGAGCACGGCGCUUGUCACGCUAAGGUAGUGGGUUCGAUCCCCGGGACCACCCAUACACAAAAAAAAAAAUGUAUGCACGCAUGACUGCUAAAUGACAUAUUAUUAUUAUUAUUAUAUUAUACAACACGGUCCUCAUACGCUGAUUUCUCACAUAGAUGCACAUCAUAAAUCCGGUUACAGACCAGUUAAAUAGGCCUAAGUCCCCUAGACCUAGCGAGAGCAGCAAUAUUAGCAGGCUAGUUAAUUGGUUUUGUAACAAUUGUAACUUUCUCCAUCUCUUAGACUGCAUCGUGGCUUAGCCUUGCUCCUGCUCUCUUAGAGGAGUGUGUGCAGUCUGUGGCUCACCCUGAGCCAUUACAGGCAGUCCUCCGUCACCAUAAAAAUGAACAUCACUUAGACACCAAUGGUAGGUGGGGUACAGGAUUUGGAAAUAAUUUACCUGCCUGUUUGCCUGAAUUUAUUUUAUUUGUUAAAGAAAACGCGGCUGUCCUAAUAUUUCAAUAUUUACCGGUGGAAAUGCAGGAAAUUAAGAUAACUUAUAAUUGAUCAGUAAUUGCUGAUGUUAACCUGUGAUGGUCUCUCUCCUUUUCUAGCUCUAAGGUCCACUGGUGGUGACUACAUCCUCUCUUCACUGUCUUUCCCUUCCUCUGUGAAGGAAGAAAUUGCCUCUUACCAAGCAGGCCCAGAGAAACCGUCCUAUCCCACCAUGCAGGGAUAUCAAACCCUUUUCCCAUGUGAUGAACCAGGGAUGAGCUGGGACUGCAGAAUGGCAGAUUGUAGGGUCUGGACUGUAAAUCAACCAGCUGUUUCUGCUUCUGUGGAGGUAGAGGUCAAGACUAUAGAGGAUGCCACUGAGAUAACCGUUAAACGCAAGACAAUAAACAAAGAGAUGAUCAAAGAGACCAGGAGAGAUAAAGCUGUUCUCUGCCCUCAGACCCGCAGCGGGCUGAAAACCAGCCGCUUGACCGCUUCCUGUCUGCGCCGUCAACCCGUACUGCGGUUGAACAGGCUUGACAUUAGCAAUAUGCCGUUACCCAAGUCCUUGCUAACACUGAUUCUAAGGAGAGGGAGACUGCAGGCUGAGACAAGACGCCCAGGACCGAAAGGAAUUGACAGAAAGAAAAAACGGAGAAGAGGUCGUGGUAUUACAAAUGAGAAGAUUGAAAUGCACACACUUGACAUAAGCGAUAUGCCGCUACCCAAAUCCUCGCUAACACUGACGCUAAAGAGAGGGGUACUGCUGGAUGAGCCGACGAGUUCCCAAGUACAGAAAAAAAGAGGCAGGAAGAAAGGAAAGAAAAUAGGACCUGGUACCACCAGAUUAAAGAUCGAGAAGAUUGGAGCACACACGCUUGACAUUAGCGAUAUGCCAUUACCCAAGCCCUCACUAAAACUGAUUAUAAGGAGAGGGAAACUGCAGGCGGAGGCAACGGGUUCUCAAGGGGGGAAAAAAAGGGGCAGAAAGAAAAAAUGGAGAAGAGGAUGUGGUGUCAAAAAUGAGGGUGUGAAAAGAGAGCGGUCACCUGAAACUGAGUGAGUGUCCGCUGUGGAACAGAGGUAUUCAAAUCCAGGCCUCAAGGUCUGCAGUGCUGCUGGUUUUCUUUUCUCCCAGGUAGUAAAUGUAUUUAUUAAUAUCAGUGAUUGUUCAGAGAAUACACUCAACUAGUGUACAGAGGAUUGAAUCCUGAUUCGAGGGGUAUUGGGGAAAAGAUUAAAACCAGCAGUGAUGCAGACCUCAGCCCAGAUUUGAAGUAGUAGCGGUUACUAGUAGUUGCUAGGACCUUGGCAGUGAACUUACUCAUUGAAAACUGACUUUCAUUUUGGUCUCUUCUCAGGGAAGAAGCUGAACCAUCAGAUAAUGAACUUUGGACCACUGUCAAUACAGGGGUCACUCUCAAUGAAAGGGCCACUGACGAUGAAUCUGGUAAGAAAAGUUCCUUAGUGAGUGUAGAGCAGUGAACGUCAAGAUCCUUAGAUAUGCAAAACUCCUGAAUAAAGAAGAAUAAACUAUAAAUGACAGCCUUAAAGAUGCAGAGAAAGUGGUUACUAGACCGAAAUGUCCAUGAUACUCUCUUGCGAGUUCAGUAAACACUUUCCCUGCAUCUAUUAGGCUGCAGUACCUUGUUAUUUAUUUGAGAAGUUCCAUAUCUCUUCACUGCAUUAAAUGGGCACAGUAUUGAGAUUUGUUCAAAUGUGGUCUAGUCUAUUUUUAUCAAGCACUGAAUCUGUCUUACUUGUUCUCUUUGACUGAGUUAUGUCGAUAUAUGGAUGUCUUGCUCACUUCUCUCUUUUCAACACUAGGUGGAGUCCAUGCUUCUCUUCAUUGCCCAUCAUCUCAUAAGAGGGAGGAGGAACAGCCCAUACAGACCUUUCACUCAGAGGAGCACAGUGGUCAUAUGGCCGAAGCGCAGAACAGAGAAGAACUCCCAGAGAUGGUACCUCAGGACUCACUAACUCCUGAGCCAUCCAACACCUCUCACAAAAUUCACUCAGAGGAGCACAGUGUUCAGUUGGCCGAAGCGCAGAACAGAGAAGAACUCCCAGAGAUGGUACCUCAAGACUCACUAACACCUGAGCCACCCAACACCUCUCACAAAAUUCACUCAGAGGAGCACAGUGUUCAGUUGGCCGAAGCGCAGAACAGAGAAGAACUCCCAGAGAUGGUACCUCAAGACUCACUAACACCUGAGCCACCCAACACCUCUCACAAAAUUCACUCAGAGGAGCACAGUGUUCAGAUGGCCGAAGCGCAGAACAGAGAAGAACUCCCAGAGAUGGUACCUCAGGACUCACUAACACCUGAGCCACCCAACACCUCUCACAAAAUUCACUCAGAGGAGCACAGUGUUCAGAUGGCCAAAGCGCAGAACAGAGAAGAACUCCCAGAGAUGGUACCUCAGGACUCACUAACUCCUGAGCCAUCCAACACCUCUCACAAAAUUAACUCAGAGGAGCACAGUGGUCAUAUGUUCGAAGCGCAGAACAGAGAAGAACUCCCAGAGAUGGUUCCUCAGGAUUUACUAACUCCUGAGCCAUCCAACACCUCUCACAAAAUUCACUCAGAGGAGCACAGUGUUCAGAUGGCCGAAGCGCAGAACAGAGAAGAACUCCCAGAGAUGGUACCUCAGGACUCACUAACACCUGAGCCAUCCAACACCUCUCACAAAAUUAAUUCAGAUGAGCACAGUGGUCAUAUGGCCGAAGGGCAGAACGUAGAAAUUAUUUUAGAGAGUGUACCUAAUGAUUUACUAACUGAGAUUGUACUUCAGGACUCAUUAACUCCUGAGCCAUCCAACAGCUCGCACAAAAGAAGCCAACGCGUCAAAGCAUGCUCUUUCUGUGGCAAGACUUUCACUGACACACUGGGCUUGACAAGACACAUGCGAUCUCACAUUGAGCAGAGGUCACACCAAUGCACCCAGUGUGGGCAAGACUAUGAGUCCAGUGAGGACUUAGAGGAACAUCAGAAGAGUAGCUGUGAGGAGAAGAUAAAAAAAGACAGUGGUGGGGAAACUGUCCAGCAAAAAACAGAUCUGAAAAGAGACAAAAAACCUGAUCUGAAAGCAGACAAUAAACCUGACCUGAAAGGACAAACAAAAGGCCGCGCCAUAAAGUGCCAUGUGUGCGGGAAAAUAACUACUCGUAUGCUGGGUUUGCGAAGGCACCUUCUACUUCACUUCAACAAUGGCGCAUACAAAUGCCCUGUGUGUCCAACAACUUUUAUAACAAAUGCUGAUUUGAGAUCGCACCUGAGAUUGAAAAGAUCUUGUAGGGAGAAAUGUUCUGAUGAAGUAAUUAAUACCAAAGUCCAUCUCCAAUCCAACCCUGGUGAGUACAAGUGUCCUUACUGUGGGGACACUUUCCAGCUACCACAUGAUCUGAAAGGACACACAAAAGACUGUUCCAGAAAGUGUCAUGUGUGUGGGAAAACAACUUUGAAGCCAUGCGGCAUGCGAAGGCACAUGUUAAGACACACCAACAAUGGCCCCUACAAGUGCCCAGUGUGUCCAAGGACUUUUAUAUCCCAUACUGAUUUGAAGAUGCACCUGAAAAAAAAUAAACAAUGUAGGGAGAAAUGUUCUGAUGUGAUGGUGAAGGAAAUUACUGUCAUCAAUAGAUGGUAGAUGUGGGAAAAAUGAAACAGGAGUCAUAAGCUGCCAACAACCAAGCUCCAGCAACGCAGGCGGGCCUUCGAAGAGUAUUGAAAAGUUAUUUGAACAGUUCUCUUAUGACUUUCAGCAAUCUGAUAACAGCAGGAGUAGUGACGUGAACCUGAAUAGCCUUGAUGAAGACUACAGUCAGUCUACAGUCAGUCAAUACCAACCCAUGAAGGAUGUUGACUUGAAUAUCCUCCAUGACGACUACAGUCAGGAGAUCAGUCAAAACCAACCCAUUACGGAUGUUGACUUGAAUUGCCUCCAUGAAGCCUCCAUGAUGACCACUGAAAACUACAGUGAUGAGAUCAGUCAAUACCAACCCAUGAAGGACGUUGACCCAGAGAAGGACAGAAAGUCUGUGAAUGAUUCAGGGGUAAAUGAGAUGCCCAAUGACAAAGAACCAAUCUCAACCAACGGCUUAACAGGGAAGCAGGUGUCCCAGACUGACCCAAGGCCUCUCCAGGAUUCUCAACCAGAGACGAGCGGAGAAGUGAAGACCGAGAUACAGGUGAUACCGUAAUCGACAAUAGAUACGACAAUACUAAAGGUUUUAAGGAAAUGCAGGGCUCCAGACUAAUAUUUUCCGCUGAUGGCACUGGUGCCACUAACUUUUUCAGUUUUUUUCGCAGUAUCACAUAGAGCCGGACGAUAUGGACAAAAAUCCGUAACGCGAUAAAUUGCCUGAAUUGAUGCGAUAACAAUAAAUAGAACGAUAAGUUUAAAACAAUGUGCACCAUUUGUUUUCUCUUUUCUUUAAACUACUACUAGUUUGAUGGUUUUAGCAUCAAUUAUUCCAUAUUAGCAAACUUAUUUCAAUAAUAAAUACAUGUAAUUUAUGAAGUCAGUCAUUCACAAUGCUUUAUCAAGAAGUUUAAUAGACUACUGAGACGGUAUUCAAUAAAUAGGUUGUUACAUCUAACAUAUCCAAGCAGGAAUGCAUGAUUCAAAAUAUUUUGAUAUCCAACCUAAUCCAUUGAUUGUCAUUUGGGUUGACAAUUAGGCUAUUUGUGUUAUAUUUGACUGUCAAAAUAGGGCUUUAGAAUGUUCAUAUUUUUUCGUUCAAUAGAGAUGAAUUUGUCUUCAUCAUCGUCAUGUGUAAUAUUAUAUAUAGCCUAGGCCUAAUUCAAUUGGUACUAAUUCACCACCUGAGGAAGUGGAAACUCAAAAUGCAUUAGAUAGAUCACAUUAGCUAGAACUCUACAUAUAACACCUACUGCUAGUAGCCAUGUAUUAAUCUAACAGUAAAUGUAAUGUCCUAAAAAAAACUUUGCAAUGAGGCCUAGUGCACUCGUGAUUGCCGAUGCACAAUUUUGCACGCUCCGUGUUUCAAAGCCAUAUCAGAUAUCUUGAUUGUAAAACAGUGUGCUUUGAGCUCAGUAACGAUAGUUGAGAAAUAAAAGUAUACCUACAGAAAGCUGAGACACUCCUCACUUUAAUAUGGACAACUAGUUGCUCCCAAAGUUGUUUCUUUCCCGCAAUUGCAUUUUGAAGUGGUAUACAAUCACGAGGGGCGAGAGAGAGUGUGAGAAGCUAGCUCGUUACAGCCGGCCCCAGUGAAACAGGCAGGCAGGGCAGAUAAUUUACUUUACUGUUUAACAAAUUCAUAGUUAUAUCUGCCUAAAAAAUAGGAUGUUUUGAUUGACUUGACCAGGUAGAAUGUUCAGCUUGCACCAGUGCGACCAAUUAUUUGUUUUUACUUGCACAGCCAAGUCAAAGGGACUAAAUGGUCACAGUCUGGAGCCCUGAAAUGAUGGACAACAAUGGCUUUCAACCCCUUUUCCUAUAAUGCAUUGGUGUUAGCAGAUGUGUAGAUACUCGAAAAUGUAAGGAAUAUGGCGGUAGCUCUCCUAAACCUGGGCCCCUAUUCACAAAGUGUCUCAGAAUAGGAGUGCUGCUCUAGGAUCAGUUUUGCCUUUCAGAUCAUAAUAAAUAAGACCUGAUCUUAGAUCAGCACUCGUACUCUGAGAAGCUUUAGAAUCUAGGGCCCUGAUUGGAAGGCAAAUGGAGCACCAACAUGUUGCUAUAACGGAGUGUAUUCCACAAACUCUGGGGGUUGCCUCUGGACCGGGCUGAAGUGCCGUUCCUUAUUUUUGUAUUAUUAUAUUUAAACAAAUAACUUCAUGUCAAAAUGUAACUACUAUAUACAGUGAGGGGAAAAAGUAUUUGAUCCCUGCUGAUUUUGUACGUUUGCCCACUGACAAAGAAAUUAUCAGUCUAUAAUUUUAAUGGUAGGCUUUAACAGUGAGAGACAGAAUAACAACAAAAAAUUCCAGAAAAACGCAUGUAAAAAAUGUUAUAAAUUGAUUUGCAUUUUAAUGAGGGAAAUAAGUAUUUGACCCCCCUCUCAAUCAGAAAGAUUUCUGGCUCCCAGGUGUCUUUUAUACAAGUAAUGAGCUGAGAUUAGGAGCACACUCUUAAAGGGAGUGCUCCUAAUCUCAGUUUGUUACCUGUAUAAAAGACACCUGUCCACCAGAAGCAAUCAAUCAAUCAGAUUCCAAACUCUCCACCAUGGCCAAGACCAAAGAGCUCUCCAAGGAUGUCAGGGACAAGAUUGUAGACCUACACAAGGCUGGAAUGGGCUACAAGACCAUCGCCAAGCAGCUUGGUGAGAAGGUGACAACAGUUGGUGCGAUUAUUCGCAAAUGGAAGAAACACAAAAGAACAGUCAAUCUCCCUCGGCCUGGGGCUCCAUGCAAUAUCUCACCUCGUGGAGUUGCAAUGAUCAUGAGAACGGUGAGGAAUCAGCCCAGAACUACACGGGAGGAUCUUGUCAAUGAUCUCAAGGUAGCUGGGACCAUAGUCACCAAGAAAACAAUUGGUAACACACUACGCCGUGAAGGACUGAAAUCCUGCAGCGCCCGCAAGGUCCCCCUGCUCAAGAAAGCACAUAUACAGGGCCGUCUGAAGUUUGCCAAUGAACAUCUGAAUGAUUCAGAGGAGAACUGGGUGAAAGUGUUGUGGUCAGAUGAGACCAAAAUCGAGCUCUUUGGCAUCAACUUAACUCGCCGUGUUUGGAGGAGGAGGAAUGCUGCCUAUGACCCCAAGAACACCAUCCCCACCGUCAAACAUGGAGGUGGAAACAUUAUGCUUUGGGGGUGUUUUUCUGCUAAGGGGACAGGACAACUUCACUGCAUCAAAGGGACGAUGGACGGGGCCAUGUACCGUCAAACCUUGGGUGAGAACCUCCUUCCCUCAGCCAGGGCAUUGAAAAUGGGUUGUGGAUGGUUAUUCCAGCAUGACAAUGACCCAAAACACACGGCCAAGGCAACAAAGGAGUGGCUCAAGAAGAAGCACAUUAAGGUCCUGGAGUGGCCUAGUUAGUCUCCAGACCUUAAUCCCAUAGAAAAUCUGUGGAGGGAGCUGAAGGUUCGAGUUGCCAAACGUCAGCCUCGAAACCUUAAUGACUUGGAGAAGAUCUGCAAAGAGGAGUGGGACAAAAAACUCCUGAGAUGUGUGCAAACCUGGUGGCCAACUACAAGAAACGUCUGACCUCUGUGAUUGCCAACAAGGGUUUUGCCACCAAGUACUAAGUCAUGUUUUGCAGAGGGGUCAAAUACUUAUUUCCCUCAUUAAAAUGCAAAUCAAUUCAUAACAUUUAUGACAUGCGUUUUUCUGGAUUUCUUUGUUGUUAUUCUGUCUCUCACUGUUCAAAUAAACCUACCAUUAAAAUUAUAGACUGAUCAUGUCUUUGUCAGUGGGCAAACAUACAAAAUCAGCAGGAGAUCAAAUACUUUUAUACUUUUUUCCCUCACUGUAUUUUAUCCCCUUUCUCUCCCUCUAUAUCAUUAAUUAUCCACUUUUAUGACACUUUAAUAUCAUUUGGUCACUGUGGAUAAAAGCAUCUAUGUCAUCUAGUAUUAGCUACAUGUUUAUCCACCUUCAUUUGAAGUUUACAUAAGUGUGAUACAUUUAAGUUAAUUCAAGAAAAUAAAUGAAAAGGCAUGGCUUUAAGUCUGAGUGUGCAUUUUUAUGACCAGAAUAUAUAUUUUAUACAGAGCGGGAAACUGCAUGCUGAGGCCACGGGUUCCCACGGACAGAAAAGAAGAGGCAGAAAGAGAAAACAGAAAAGAGGACAUGGUGACAAAAAUGAGAAGACCGAAACAAAGGGUGUGAAAAGAGAGCGGUCACCUGAAACUGAGUGAGUGUCAGCUGUGGAACAGAGGUAUUCAAAUCCAGGCUUCAAGGGAGUAAAUUGAUCGACGAAGGAAUACAUUCACCUAUUGUACAGAGGGUCUGUCCCUGAUUUGAGGGGUUAUUGGGGGAAGGGUGAAAACCAGCAGUGGUGCAGACCUCGAGGCCCAGAUUUGAAUGCCCCUAUUGUAGUGGCUAGGACCUUGGAACUGAACUUACCCAUUGAAAAUCAUAACUUACUUUAUAUUUGUCUCUCCUCAGGGAAGAUGCCAAACCGCCAGAUAAUAAACUUUGGACCACUGUCAUUAAAAGGACCACUGUCAGUGAUUCUGGUAAGGAGUGUUCCUUAGUGUGUAGAGCAGUGAACAUGAGCUCCUUAUUCAAAACUACUGAAUAAACAAACUAGGUUACUAGCCCUAAGCGUCCAUGCUAUUCUGCUGUCAGAAUAACCAAGUGCUUAUGUGUAUCAUCCUUUGAGUUCAGUGAACACUUUUACUGUAUCUUUUAGGCUGUAGUACCUUGACUUGAGUUUGUUGAUAAGAUGUAGAUGUCUUGCUCACUUUUCUCUCUUCAACACUAGGUGGAGUCUCAGAGAGUGUACCUCAGGACUCAAUAACUCCUGAGCUAUCCAACACCACUCACAAAAGAAGCCAAAGAGUCAAAGCAUGCUCUUUCUGUCGCAAGACUUUCACUGAAACACUGGGCUUGACAAGACACAUGCGAUCUCACAUUGAGCAGAGGUCACACCAAUGCACCCAGUGUGGGCAAGACUUUGAAUUCAGUGAGGACUUAGAGGAACACCAGAAGAGUAGCUGUGAGGAGAACAAGAGUGGUGAUGACUACUGUGGGGAAACUGUCCAGCAAAAAAAUUAUCUGAAAAAAACACCUGAUCUGAAAAGAGACAAAAAGCCUGAUCUGAAAGGACACACAAAAGAUGGCUCCAUAAAGUGCCAUGUGUGCGGGAAAAUAACUACUCGUAUUGUAAGUUUGCAAAGGCACCUUCUACUUCACUUCAACAAUGGCGCAUACAAGUGCCCUGUGUGUCCAAAGACUUUUAUAUUAAAUUGUGAUUUGAGAUCGCACCUGAAAUUGAAAAGAUCAUGUGGGAAGAAAUGUUCUGAUAAAGUAAUUAUAACCAGGCUCCACCUCAAAUCCAACCCUGGAGAUUACAAGUGUCCUUACUGUGGGGACACUUUCCAGCUACCAUAUGAUCUGAAAGGACACACAAAAGACUGUUCCAGAAAGUCCCAUGUGUGUGGGAAAACAACUUCUCGAAUGAUGGAAAUGCGAAGGCACAUGUUAAAACACAAAAACAAUGGCCCCAUCAAGUGCCCAGUGUGUCCAAAGACUUUUGUAUACCAUACUAAUUUGAAGAAGCACCUGAAAACGAAAAAACUUUGUAGGGAGAAAUGUUCUGAUAUGAUGGUGAAGGACAAUGCUGAUUUGAAAUUGCCCCGAAGAUUGAAAAGGUCUUAUAGUAAGAAAUGUUCUGAUAAAGUAAUUACAACCAAGCUCCACCUCAAAUCUAACCCUGGGGAUUACAAGUGUCCUUACUGUGGGGACACAUUCCAGCUACCACGUGAUCUGAAAGGACACACAAAAGACUGUUCCAGAAAGUGCCAUGUGUGUGGGAAAAUAACUUCAACGGCACGUGGCAUGCGAAGGCACAUGUUAAGACACAACAACAAUGGCACCUACAAGUGCCCAGUGUGUCCAAGGACUUUUAUAUACCAUCCUGAUUUGAAGAAACACCUGAAACUGAAAAAACGUUGUAGAGCGAAAUGUUCUGAUGUGAUGAUGAAAGAAUUACUGUCUUCAGGAUAUGGUAGAUGUAGGAAAAUGUUAAAUGAAACCAGAGUCAUCACAAGCUGCCAACAACCAAGCUCCAGCAACACAGGUGGGCCUUCAAAGAGCAUUGAAGAGCUCUCUCAUGACUCGCAGCAAUCCGAGAAUAGCAUGAGUAGUGAUAUGAACCUUAUUAGCCUCGAAGAAGACCACAGUGACGAGAUCAGUCAAUACCAACCCAUUAAGGACGUUGACUUGAAUAGACUCCAUGAAGACUUCAGUGACGAGAUCAGUCAAUACCAACCCAUUAAGGACGUUAACCAAUCCAACCCUGGUGAGUACAAGUGUCCUUACUGUGGGGACACUUUCCAGCUCCCAGAUGAUCUGAAAGGACACACAAAAGACUGUUCCAGAAAGUGCCAUGUGUGUGGGAAGAUAUCCUCAAAGGCAUGUGACAUGCGAAGGCACAUGUUAAAACAUGACAACAAUGGCCCCAUCAAGUGCCCGGUGUGUCCAAAGACGUUUAUAUUCCAUACUGAUUUGAAAACACACCUGAAAACGAAAAAACUUUGUAGGGAGAAAUAUUCUGAUGUGAUGGCGACGGAAUUACCUUCUUCAGUAGAUGGUAGAUGUAGGACAAAUGUCAAUGAAACAGGAGUUAUGACAAGGUGUGAACAACCAAGCUCCAGCAACACAGGUGGGCCUUCGAAGAGUGGGCCUGUGUUGGGUUUGAAGAGCUUUGACGAGUUCUUUGAAGAGCUCUCUAAUGACUCCGAUAUCAGCAUGAGUAGUGAGGUGAACAUGAAUAGCCUCUAUGAAGACUUCAGUCAGGAGAUCAGUCAAUACCAACCCAUUAAGGACGUUGGCCAAUCCAACCCUGGUGAGUACAAGUGUCCUUACUGUGGGGAGACCUUCCAGCUACCACGUGAUCUGAAAAGACACAAAAAAGACUGUUCCAGAAAGUGCCAUGUGUGUGGGAAAACAACUUCGACGGCAUGUGGCAUGCGAAGGCACAUGUUAAAACACUACAAUGGCCCCAUCAACUGCCCGGUGUGUCCAACGACUUUUGUAUACCAUACUGAUUUGAAGAAGCACCUGAAAACAAAAAAACUUUGUAGGGAGAAAUGUUCUGAUGUGAUGGCGAAGGAAUUACUGUCUUCAGUAGAUGGUAGAUGUAGGACAAAUGUCAAUGAAACAGGAGAAGGGGCAAGUUGUCAACAACCAAGCUCCAGCGACACAGGUGGGCCUUCAAAGAGCAUUGAAGAGUUCUCUCAUGACACGCAGCAAUCCGAUAACAGCAUGAGUAGUGAUGUGAACCUGAAUAGCCUCCAUGAAGACAACAGUCAGGAGAUCAGUCAAUACCAACCCAUUAAGGACAUUGACCAAUCCAACCCUGGUGAGUACAAGUGUCCUUACUGUGGGGACACUUUCCAGCAACCAGAUGAUCUGAAAGGACACACAAAAGACUGUUCCAGAAAGUGCCAGGUGUGUGGGAAAAUAUCCUCGAAGGCAUGUGACAUGCGAAGGCACAUGUUAAAACACUACAACAAUGGCCCCAUCAAGUGCCUGGUGUGUCCAAAGACUUUUAUAUUCCAUACUGAUUUGAAGACGCACCUGAAAACGAAAAAACUUUGUAGGGAGAAAUGUUCUGAUGAGAUGGCGAAGGAAUUACUUUCUUCAGUAGAUGGUAUAUGUAGAAAAACUGUGAAUGAAACAGGAGUCAUGACAAGGUGCCAACAACCAAGCUCCAGCAACACAGGUGGGCCUUCGAAGAGUGGGCCUGUGUUGGGUUUGAAGAGCUUUGAAGAGUUCUUUGAAGAGCUCUCUAAUGACUCCGAUAUCAGCAUGAGUAGUGAUGUGAACCUGAACAGCCUACAUGAAGACUACAGUCAGGAGAUCAGUCAAUACCAACCCAUGAAGGAUGUUGACUUGAAUAUCCUCCAUGAAGACUACAGUCAGGAGAUCAGUCAAUACCACCCCAUGAAGGAUACUGACCUGAAUAGCCUACAUGAAGACUACAGUCAGGAGAUCGGUCAAUAUCAACCCAUGAAGGACGUUGACCUGAAUAGCCUCCAUGAAGUCUAUAGUGACGAUAUCAGUCAAUACCAACCUGUUAAGGACAUUGACCCAAAAGAGGACAGAAUGUCUGUGAAUGAUUCAGGGGUAAAUGAGAUGCCCAAUGACAAAGAACCAAACUCAACCAACGGCUUAACAGGGAAGCAGGUGUCCCAGACUGACCCAAGGCCUCUCCAGGACUCAAUCUGA